AUGACUUUAGUGUCGGAGAGGGAACCCAACAGUGGGCUGUUCAGGGACUCCGAACUGUCGUCCCGGUUUGGAACGUGUGAUAUCGCUGGAUUGGAAAAGUUUUUUUGCAGAAUAGACAUUGAGUAGGUGUCAAAGAAAGUUGAGAUUUUUAUAGCCUAUUACAACCUUGCUUAAAGUGAUCAUGAACAUAGCCUGUGAUUAGCUUCUGUUUUUGUUUUGAUUGGAGAAGAAAGACAAGGAUGGACAGGUCCUGUUGGCUGGAUUGUAAAAAGCCCUAUUGACGUCCAAUUAGGCUAUAUUCAGUCACAUUGAAAAGCUGGUGGUUAUGGUUAUACAGUCGGUUUUUACCUCACAUGAACUCUUGGUUGCUUCUGUAACCAAUCAAUGAUCAAACCUGAGUCGUCCAUUCUCGUGAAUGCAUUAUCCCUCUGAGCUAAAGCCUUCACACGUUCUCCAGUCUGGGGGCAAUGUUGCAUAUCAUUUCAGCAAGCAUAGUUCAGCAAACCACCUCUACAUUUAUUCAGGAGACAACGACAUAGGAGAUUCUUAUAAUUGAGACAGUGUCUGCUCCUUGAAUGAAAGCCAGUUGUCAUUCUGUCUUUUUAUCGCUCUAUCCACCUCCAUCUCUCUCCUUCUCCUCUGCCCAUCCGAGGGUGUGAUGAAUUGAAUGUGGUGGGGCAAUUGAGUUGGGCAAAGAUGAAAGACAUCUCUUUAUAUAGUCACUCAUCCAGUCAUCCCUGUCUCGAUCCCUGUCUGUUUAAAGGAUGGGAAGCUGCAUAUGACUGUUAAUCAUACAAUCAAAUAUCUAUCAACCGUGAAAUGUCAGCUGCUUUAUCAUAGGCCUCUUUAUCUUUAGGUUUCGGAUCUCUCCUCUCUGUUUGUCUGCGUAUCUGCUGUAUGAGAAAAUAGGCAGAUUUGACACUUUACGGUAUGCCUACUAGCAUCCAAUGAAAUUGUAUGCAUUUGUAACAUCACAAACACUAUAGACCAAUGAAAACCAGAUGUCAUCCUGUGAUUUAAAUCAACAUUCUUCAUUAGGGCACACCAUAUUAAAAUGUUUUGCAACAGUAAACCAAGUCAAGCAUUUCUUAUUGGACAAGGUCUGGUAGUGCCUCCCAAUUUGUUUGUUUUCUUUCUGUAAGUGUGCCUACUGAACAAGACUCGGGUUUGAAAUAGAAAGGGUUACAUGUGGCAUAAAAUAGUGUCGUCCUAUUCCUGUCCUGAGAGCUGUUGUGACUGACUAAACUCCCCUUGAGAAAUAUAUCCAUGCUGAAGUGGGAUCCUGUGAUGUUGAGAUUUACAGCAGUGUCUGGGAGACAGAGAGACUUUCCAGUCCCUGAAGUGGAACUGUGAGACUAAGGACCUUGUUCCAAUGCAAAGAAACUGCAUUCUUAAUUAUUUAUGUCCUUCCUUCCUUCCUUCCUUCCUUCCUUCCUUCCUUCCUUCCUUCCUUCCUUCCUUCCUUCCUUCCUUCCUUCCUUCCUUCCUUCCUUCCUUCCUUCCUUCCUUCCUUCCUUCCUUCCUUCCUUCCUUCCUUCCUUCCUUCCUUCCUUACUUCCUUCCUUACUUCCUUUCCUUCCUUAGCAUACAUGUACAUGUACCUAGUAGAAUCUUGCUUUCACCUAUCCGAUGGUGUUACUUCAAGGUAGGAUAAAUGCAUUUUUAUAGUGUUUUAACAUGGCCAGCAGAUCUAUGGUCUCUCUGGAGUGUGCUGAGCUGAUUUCACAGUGCUGUGGGGGAGAUGUCUAACUGGGCAAUGAUGAUUAUGAUAGUCACACAGCCUAACUGAGGCACCAUUUUAAUCUUUCAUCCGCAGAACCAAAACAAGCCACCCUCCCCUCCCCCUCCCUGCUUCACCAUCAUGUUAGAGCCCUCUUUCUUUCCUCUCCUUCCAUAUCUCCCUAUCCCUCUUCUCUUUCUGUCUCUUGAACCCUUUCACCUCCUACCAUUUAUCUUUUGCUCUCUCUCUCUCUCUCUCGUUCUCUCUUUACCUUUUGUCUUUAAUAUUUGACUUCCAUCUCUGACACUAAACAGCUAAAAAACAACAGUGAACUAUUCAUUUCAAGUGCUUAUGUUUAAAAUGCGUCACGGUAAGACCUUCGAAGAACAGGUUCAGUGAGUGCACAUGAGCAGUCAAACCCAUUCCCAGGCAUGGAGUGAAUAGAGAUUUCACCACAGGUGGCUGGCAGCACCUUAAUUGGGUAGGAUGGGCUCAUAGUAAUGGCUGGAGCAGAAACAUCAAACACAUGGUUUCCAUAUGAUUGAUAGCGUUCCAUUCACUCCAUUCCAGCCGUUAUUAUGAACCAUUUCCCCUCACCAGCCUCCUGUGGAUUUCGCACAGAUGUUUGGUGUUGCCUCAUGGCUGUGUGUGUGUGUGUGUACUGUAUAUGGUGUGAUCUCCAUGGCUUGCUGAGUGUGUGAAUGUGAACCUACCUAACUAACUAGGUCAGCUGAUGAAACGUAGCGACUGACUUCUUCUCCAAGGCCCCGGCAAACUUAAUGCCGGCGGAAAUGGCUACCAUGGCAACCAGACGUCCCUCUCGUCUUGACGACUAGGCUCAAGGCUCCUCUGGUUUCUCCCUCCUUUUGCUUUGUUUUGCCCUGAGGAAGAUCGAUGCUUAGUAGAUAACGUGUCACGGUGUGGUCUUAGUGUUUAUCACAUCGCUGCAUGUCAUGUCCCUUGAUUAUUAUAAAAAUAGAGAACCAGUAUGGUACAACACUCAGCAAGAUAGUGUCACUGUUUAGUUUUUUUUAUACCAGCUCUGAUUCACUUCCUUAUCACAACGAUAUCCAACAUGGCUGCCCUGUUCUCAUAACAACGCAUUCGUACAAUGGGUCCCACCCACCAGGGUCAUUUUCAAUAGUGCACACCUUAGCAAAACAAGGGUUUCCCCCUCAGAAGGCUGAAAAGAUUUGGCAUGUGACUGGCUGCAUCACCGCUUGGUAUGGCAAUUGCACCGCCCUUGACCGCACAGCUCUACAAAGGGUGGUGCGGACAGCCCAGUACAUCACCGAGGCUGAGCUACUAAGCUAUAUGGAAUUGUUUUAAGGUUAUACCAAGGAUCAUUUUGCUAUUUGAUUUGGAAUUUUAAGACCCCUUGAAGUGUAAAAAAAUAAUAAUGAUUUGGCCUUACUGCUAUUAGCCCAUACAAACACAUUGAAUAACAUAUUCACUACAUGGAACAACACAUGGUCCCCCCCCAAAAAAAUAUUGAAGGGAAGUUUGUUCUGAAGUGUCUGUCCUAUGUCUGAGAGAUAUAAGAAAGAUCAGGAUUUUUAUUUAUUUAUAUUUUUUACAUGUAUUUAACCCCUUAUUUUUUACACUAAACAGUCUCCAUAUAGACAGUCUCAGAAGAGUCUUGUGAGCGUCCUAGAGCAAAACAACCAACAUGUACGUGUUCAUGAGAGUCUCACCUUUCCACAGGUAAUAUUAGUGUGUAGCCCAAACUGUUCGGACGCUACAGACCGAAGUUGGCAGAUCGGCUGUACCAACUUCAGACGAGUCCCAAGACGAUUGUGGGGGUCGUAGAACAAAAUGGAGUCUCAUCUUUCCAUAGAGGGGUCAUGAUAGUGUCGUGUAUUGAGAUUAUGACUAUUUUGGAGGAACAAGGAAUGUUGUUUAGGUUAGUAUCAGAAGGCAAUGUUUUAGGUGUAAUACCACAUACCACCGACAGGAGGUGGGUUGUAGACAGGGGAGACUGGUGAUUGGCCAGAAGAGGGGGCAUCAUUGUUUAUAAAUAGGGGGGAAAAUGACGGAGAGGUUAGAGCAAGCAGCCAUUCUGAGGCGUCUCUCCGGGUGUCAUGUCACCUGUUACUCAUGCUGAAGCUUGUGAUCUGAAUAAACCUUAUGAUCGACGUUCAGUAUGAGCAGACUCCUUGAUUGACGGUAACACCUGCGAAUAACAUACACUACAAAUGGAGGCACUGCUGAGAUAUUGAUUGCAUCGUUAUUGGUCCCUUUCCUGGAUUCGUGAGUUGACUAUUGUUCAAGCCGGCUAAAGGUGAGAUUAUUCACAAACUUUGGACACUAGUCAUUUCGUUGAUUGGGGAGAGGGCUUUGACGGUGCACAGUUAAAAGUACUUGGGUCGUUAUUGAGGUAUGGUGUUGCUGUUAACUGGGAGUCUGAACGAAAAUAUUUUAAAUUUGGUUGAUGUGUAAACGCUGUUUACAACAAUGGAUUGUACAAAUGGAUUGGUAGAGAAUAUAUGUUGGGAGAUAUCUGCAUACUUAGGGCACCGGGAAUACGGAAAAGACCUCGAAACGAGGCGACUUGUAAUAAUAAUUAUUAUUAUUAUUAAGUGGGCUACAAAUCCUGGGCUUAGUUAGACUGAAUCAGGUUGAUUUCUUAAGCGGGAAUUAUGAAGUGAAUUGGUGUAUUUAUGUUAUACUCCGCCUCUGGUCGACGGGAAAUUGGUUUGGGGAUAACCGCUUGAUAUGAGAUUCAUCUUUCAAGGCAGCAUAAAGUUAGACGGGGAGAAUUGGACGAUUAUUUAUUUGGCCACGGUGCAGGAUAUUGAUUUGUGUAGUAGGCUGCUGUUGGCUAGAGGCUGAAGCUAAGGCUGGAUUGUUUCAGGCCACGUGGUGCCUCGUUGCUAAGGCUUGAUUGUAUGGUUCGGGUCACGUGGUACAUCGUGGCGAAAUGCUAAAUGCUAAUUUUUGAGGCUAAAGUGUGAAUCAUGCUACAUCAUGGUGGCUGGAUGCUAGUGCUAAUUGUGUUUUGUGUCACGAUGUACCGUAGGCUAAGCUAACUGCUAAGGUUGAAUGCUAAUUGUGUUGCGGGCUAUAUGCUAACGGAUAUCCUUAGAGAUUCCGUUGCGACGGGUGAAAGUCUCUUAAACUUGUUUAUGUGUUUGUAAGUCAGGUUAUAUGUUUUGUGAGCGCUGGUAAAUGUUGUUUGAUUAUAAGGGGGAAAUGGGAAUUACAGCUGGACUGUUAUUAUGUUUGGGGAGAGAGAAGAGAGAAUCUUUCUUCCACGGUGAAAAGUAUUUUUGAAUGGUUAUGCGCAUGCGUUUAAUUUUGCGACACUACACUACAGAAAGGGGGAGUUUAUGACACGAGAUUAGGACACGUUUUGGUUUAUGGCACUAAAUCUACGACAUGCGGUCGACGAAACAAAAUGGUGGCGUAAGGUCAUAUGUUUGUUUGGGGUUUCUUGUUCAGGGGUUUAAGGGCUACCGGAAGAGAGAGGUGAACACGACUCUUUUAAAAUCGUUAAAGUAACUGUUAUGUGAACGUUAAACUAUUUGGCGAGAUGUAGUACAUUUAUAGAUCAAAUAUAUGUUGACGGAGUAUAAUUAAUUAAAAUAAGACUAUUAAAAUUAAAUGAAAUGUUUUGGAGCGAUCUAUGUAAUAAAGGAUAUUUGCGCAUGCGUGGGAUUUCUGUAAAACAACACAUUGGUUAAACUGCAGGGGGAGACAGAGGAACCCAGACGACGGAACAAAUAGGCCCAGGGAGAGUUUAACACAAAUCUUAUAAGUUUAUAAACGGCGGUGGGUUAAGAUGAAACUUGUUUUGGGACCUAUUAAAUUUAUAAAUUAAAUAUAUGUUGACGAAGUAUAAUGCAUUGAAUGUGGAUAACUUGAUUAAUUGCAUAAACUGCUGAAAUCUUGUGUGUUUCUAUGUUUUUUGAAAUAUGAGAGGAACAUGGAAUGGCGAGACGAGAGAGAGGAGGGGUGACGUCACAUGACGUGACAUCACAUGAUGCAGGAGAGGAUCGGAUCAGGCUAGUACACAAAAUCAUCCUAACCAGAUAUGUGAUGUUAUGACAAUUUUACAUCGGCUUGGCAAAUACUAUUUCAUUAAAAAUUGCAUUUUGGAGGCUAUGUGCAUCACUGGGGUUUAAUUACAGAUGUGUUGGGAAUCCAGGAUGGAUUGAGGAUUCUUCUGUAAAUUUAUGAUAAUUAGAGCUAAUGGAGCAAGGGGUUAUGGGAAUUGGAGUAUUGUAGUAUUGAAGGUUAGGCUUUGUUUAUGGGUAUUUUAGUCUGAAGAUUACUAACUUGCAUUUACUUGCAUUUGAUGGGUUGUGGUAAUAUAUUCAACACUAAUUGAUAAAUUGGUGAUAUAGGAAUAAAAAAUUGGUUUUAAAUUAUUCAUAAUUUUUAAUUGAGUUUUUAAUGGGUUUUUAUUUUUAAUUAAAGGGUUUUUGAAUAAGGCAUUUAAUUGAAUGUUUUUAAUAUUCAUAUUUUAUUUUAUUUAAUUUUUCUUUUGGGAGGAGGGAAGGGAAAAAAAAAUGUUUUUUUUUUAUUUUUAUUUUUUUGAAGGUUGUUAGGGUUAUAUUAAUAAUUUAAGGGGGGAAGCCUAUAUAACUUAUACAGUCUAGAAUAAGAUAGUUCACAAUAAAGGAAUAUAAAAGGGUGUUACAAUGGGGAAAAAGAUAUCAGGACUAUGAGAGUCAUUUCACGGGUGGAAAUAGGGGUAAUCCUUUAAUUAAAGUGUUGCUAGGUUAUCCGGCAAGUGAAACAAAAGUUGCCCUUCAUUCUCAAACAAAAAUUGAUAAAAUAUGUCAGCGAUAAGAUAGGUUUAAAAAGUAGAGCUUAGGGAUGUUUAUUCUCAGCUUAUAAUGAUCAUCUAGCAGGGUGAUUAUGGCAUCAGAGAUGAAGACGAAUACGAGCAGAAACAACGAUGAAGAUGAAUUCAGAAGACGGAAGAAAAUGGGAUGUCUGGGAACUUAAGGAGAUGAGGAGGAUGAAGAUGAGUGAUUGAGAGAGGUCAUGGGGGGAUAUGACUCUGAUCAGAAGGAAGUGGCAAGAGAGGAAAGAAGGAUACUGGAGACUUGAUCUCUGAUGAAAGUUGAACGAAGGAGACAAGAGAUUCGAGUUCUGAUGAAGAAAGUGAUGAAGAUUUGGAGAUUAAAGGUGUUGUAUGUUCAAGAGGAUUUUAUCCUACAAUGACUGGCAAAGAAGAAAUAGGAGAUAUAGACCGAGGCGUAUCAGGCCUGGAGGAAGAGACGACUUUGGGAGAGGUAAGGGAGCUAGAGGAACAGCUCGAGACGCUGAAGAUAUAGAAGAGACAAGGAGAAAACCUGCGGAGAACAUUUUUAAUCCCAAGAAUUGAAGAAGAACACAUUGAGGUAAAGAAGAGCCCACUAGUAAGAAGAUGAUGGAAGAUGAUAUUUCGAGGACAGAACUUGGAACUAAGGUUGAAGAAUACUGAUAUGUCAACGAUGAGAAGAACCGGACGAAGAAAACUCAAGCAAAUACAACUUAUAACUGGUGGUGGAGAAGAAGAAAAUAAGUGUGGGUUAUGAAGAAUCAGAGUGAAUCAAAUCAACAAUCACUGUUACAGCUUUAACGGAACAAUAUCAAAGGCAAUUGUACCAACCAAGGGGGGACCAGAUGUUCCAUAUCGACUGUCAGUUUCUGGACAGACACAGAAUUGGAGAAGAAGAAACAGAGGAAGAUCAACGAGCAAGUGAAGAUCACCGGUGCUUCAGGUGAACACUAAAUAUUCUAGAGUGCCGAGAAUAUCCGGAAGGGGUGCAUUGCUGAGAGCAUCGAUUAGAGAAGAAGAGGAAAUAGCUAACAGUUGAAACAACUGACCAUUAGAAGUGAUAGUGAAUAGGGGAAAAACUUAUCGGGGUUCCGUCUAAAAAGGUUAAACAUAUCACUCUGUAAAAUAAACUAAUUAGGUUAGGAUAGGGAUUGGAAGUAGUAAAAUAGUUUAAUUACUCUUAGGGAAUCAAUUGAGCUCUGCUAUAAAAGUCAAAGAGGAAGUAAAAGAGACAUACUAAUAUUAGAAGAUGCUGUUAUGGCAGUGUUGGGAAGAGAUGCAUGGUGUAAAUUUAAGUGUUCAAUCAGAGGCAUACUGACUGUCUGGUAGAAUAUUUUAAAAAGUAGGGUUUUUGGGGAAUCAUUUGCUUAAAAUAUAAAUAUCAUAGGAAGGAUGAUAAUGUAUUAGAUUGCCUGUUAGACAAUCUGUCUGGGAAAAAACUUAAUAGGGGUGACUGUUAUUUUGGGUUACAUUCUUACACUAAGAGAUUUGAGGUUAGGUUAAAAGGUGUUUAGUCGGUUUUGCCAAGUCUGUGUGUAAUGAGUCAGAAGCAGGUGGGGAACUUUCCCAAUCACAUAUUCUAAAAAUUUGGUGGUAAGAGAUUUUGUCAAUAGAUCAGGGGAAAAGGUUUUAAAUGUUAUGAGAGAAAAGAUUAGAUUAAAAUAAGUUAGGGGUAGGCUAGGUUGAAGGGACUCUGAGACAGUAAGCUAAGUUUCAAAGUUAGUAGUAAGACAGAGAGAGAACAGUAAUGAAUGACACUGUCCAGUAGGGAGAUCAAGGUCAUUAUAGGUGUAUUUUGUUAUAAUCAGGAGGUUUAAAGUUUAGAGGUAGAACUGAAAGGGGGAAAAAGUGACACUAGGGGUGAUAGAUGGAAGUACAAGGAAGGAGUUCAAAGUCUUAUGGGAAAACUAGGAGUAAAUAAGGACAUUAACACUUCAGGUUAUUAGAACAACAGGGAGAAGCAAUUUAACUCUUUCAACAUUGAUAGGUAUUAAAGUCAUAAACAUAUUGCAUUUGAUUAUAAGGGAACCAGUACAGCACCAAUUUUAGGGGGAAAAAUACUUAUUAGGGUUUAAGAUGGGGACGUUUCUCUCAUAUGGAGAGAUAAAUAUGGAGAAUAAGUAUUGUUAUCAGGACCAGGAGUAGAAGGAGGUAUAGUUUGGAAUAGGGUUAGGAGUGACUGUUCACUUAUGUUGCGUAAUAUUAUAGAGAAAGGUUAGGGAGAAUAUAUGUGUACUUAUUUAGGGCAAGCAUUAGAAUUUGUUUCGGUUAGGAAUUAUUGGUUAAAGGGCAAUGUAAUUCAUAAAGUAACGCUUAUAAUGGAAGAUUUGAAGUCUGUGGAAGUUUUCACAGUCAUUGAGGGAGUUCAGGAGGAGUAGAACUGAAUGGACAGUAGUCACUCCAACAGUAGAUAAUACACAGAGGAUAAUGGGAAAUUUUGCACUAGAAGUAAUUAGGGUUGAUACAGCAGCUAAAUCAACUACUUUAAGGGUAACUUUGGAAGGGAUUAAUGAUACUAUGGCAAUAGCAAAUAUAGGAGUAGGAUACUGACAACAAUUGUUCUGAAAUUAAAGAGGUAGCAAGAGGGACUCAGGAGGUUAUGGUACGAAUGGGGUUAAAAUAGAGCAGAUAGAAACAAUAUAGAUUAAUCUGAAAUGGAGAAUAGAGAUUCAUCAUGGAAGCUGCAGUAUGGGGUCUUUUGAUUUUGAUGACAGAGGGGGGGGGGCAUCUGAUCAGUGCUGCUCGUUCCUCUGUUGUGAAAAUUAGAGAUAGAUUAACUCAUUCUGUAGGGUCAGUGAGGAAUCUUGAGGGUUGAUGUCUGUUGGGGAUGCCAGCCCAAGACGUGUUAGACGGUCGCGCGGCCUCUGGCAGGUGUGGGUAAAUGUUAUGCUUUGUCAUGACUGUGGUAUCGGCAACAGUCAUUGACCGAUAAAAUAAUGUAGUUGUCAGACCAGUAGGGUUUAAGUGUUCUUGGGUGAAAAGAUUACCCUAUGAGCAUUGGUUAGAGGGAAAGUAAAAUCAGGUAAUUGCAAACCCUGAAGCAUUCAGGUGAAAUAUUGAGGGCUAAAAGUUGUGUUUGUUCUAAUAAAACAUAUGAGGUAAGGGGUAUGUUUAUGGAAAGAUCAGAUUGGGAUGUUAGAUGAUAACUUUGGAUAAGCAUGACCUUAAGGGUAGUAAUGACAAAUAAUAGGUUACUUUUUAUAUAUCAGGUAGUAAGAAGAGCAGGACUUUGAUGGUUAAAAGAUUAGCUUUUGACUGACAAUGUGACUAUGGGAAUUUUAGAGGAUAAGGGGAAAUUAUGAUAGAGUAUAUUCUUACCCUAUGGGGGAUAGGAUGUUGUUACAGGUCAACGUUGAAGAUUCCAUAUGAGGUUUUACCAUUAUAAGAGGGAUAGCAUUGGACACAGCUAAAUCUAGGGUUAAAAGGGUGACAUUACAUUUACAUUUCAGUCAUUUAGCAGACACAUGGCGACAUGUCAUAGUCUUCAAGCCUAUCAUUGAAGAAUAAGUUUAAGGGAGAAGGGGGGACUUCAUUCAUGGUAUGGUGUAACAUUUGGGAAGAUAAUAUUGAUAAAUAUUAGUGUAUUCCUGUGAGUCCAGAUAGUUUAGAUAAUAUAAGGGAAGCAUUUGAAAGGAUUUGGUUGCAAGAUUAAUUAGGCCAGUAGGGGCAGUGAUGGGUCAGAUUCUAGUAGUUUAAGCUUUGAUAACACUGUGUGAUGUUUGUACUGACUUUUGAGAAAGUUAUGAGAUUGAGAUAGGUUGGAGAAGUGGUGCCUGGAGACAACACUCAGAUGCCGGUGUUGACUGUUCCGGAUCUGGACGAAGACGGACGAGGGGGUCUAGAUGGACUACUGAAUGGAUAAAUAUCAUUUUGGAUUAUUUUAUGAUUUUUCAAAUUGGUUUUUCAAUAUUAGUAUGAUUUUUAGUGUGAUUUAUGAAUCAAAGGGGGGAAUGGAUAAUGUGAUUCAUGCAUCAUUUAUGUAUCAUUUUUUAAAUUCUUAGGUGAAAUGGAGGUUUAAUUUGAAAGUGGUUGUUUUGCAAAGGAUACUGUUUGGUCGUUUAUUUUCUUGUCAUUCCAGAAGCAUGUGGGAGAACAUGUGGAGAUUGGAAUACUCAAACAAAGACAAUAUGAAGGGACAAUAUGACUGGAGGAGAUGAAACAAGGAGGGUGUGGCUGAUUCCAUCAUCAACAAGUCCAUUGGAAGAGGACACUACAGGAAGAGGAAGUGUAGUGGACUACAUUCCAGUGUCUGCAAUGAAAUAUAGACAUAUUUGAUGUGUAAUACAUAAUUGUGUCAUAUUCUUAGGUAUUGAUUUUAGUAGAAUGAUGUUUGAUGUUAUUGAAUGCAGAUGAGGAUCGUAGAUGCUUUUGUUUAUUUCGAUGGGGUUAGGGACAGAAUGUUUAAGCAGGGAGAGAUUCCCUUUCAGGUCCUAUGGGUUGACCAGCCUGAGAGUGGAUAUUUAUGGAUAGGAUUUUGUUUACAUGGGUAUUUAAUUACAUCAUAGUUUCAAAUGCAUUUACAUGAGUUAUGAGGUUAUCUGGAGUACCGACGGUGGUUGCCUGGGGCAGAGGGACGGUGAGAGAAUUUUACUGUCUUGAUUGAUAUGGAUGGAUGGCUGCUGGACAGUUUUUCGCUCUCACACUCCAUAGAGAUUUAUUCAUUAUUCAUAGUAAUGUGUUCAUACUUCAGAAACAGUUGUUCAUAAUUCAUAGUAAUGUGUUCAUACUUCAUAAAUAGUUGUUCAUAUGUCAUAGUAAUGUAUUCACACUUCAUAAACAGGUAUUUCAUAGAAAGGUAUUUACACUCAAGAGGAGAAUGGGUUUGGUUUAAUGUUAAAGAUACUCAAUGAGAUAAAUGGUUACUAGUCAUAAUCCUAUUCUGUUUGGUUUCGAGACGUUUAGUUCGUCUCGAAGGGGGGAAUAUGUCGUGUAUUGAGAUUAUGACUAUUUUGGAGGAACAAGGAAUGUUGUUUAGGUUAGUAUCAGAAGGCAAUGUUUUAGGUGUAAUACCACAUACCACCGACAGGAGGUGGGUUGUAGACAGGGGAGACUGGUGAUUGGCCAGAAGAGGGGGCAUCAUUGUUUAUAAAUAGGGGGGAAAAUGACGGAGAGGUUAGAGCAAGCAGCCAUUCUGAGGCGUCUCUCCGGGUGUCAUGUCACCUGUUACUCAUGCUGAAGCUUGUGAUCUGAAUAAACCUUAUGAUCGACGUUCAGUAUGAGCAGACUCCUUGAUUGACGGUAACACCUGCGAAUAACAUACACUACAAUAGUUUUGUAGGCCAAACCGUUCGGAUGUUACAGACGAUUUUGUGACGAGACCAAUUUUCAGAAUGUCUCAUGCUCUGUAACCUUUCACCACAGAUGCGGAAGUGUGGAUUGAGAUAUCUCUAGCUUAAACUGACUGAUUUUUAUGGGGAUUUUAUAAAAAUAAUGCUAAUUAGAUUUCCACGGGGCGCGGACAUCGACUCUAGGGGGUUUAUAGUACCCGAACCAUCUGCAUUGACUAUCUUUCACUGACCCUACGCACACUCACUAGACUUUAUAUACACACCAUAUACACACUCACUCACACACACUACACUGUCACUCACACAUAUCCCUCACACAUUCAAACACUACAUAUGCACACACAAACAUAACACACACACGCAUACCGACACAACACAAACACAUACAGUAUACAUACACACACACAAACACUUUUACACUCAUCAUAUGCUACUGCUACUCUGUUCUGUGUUCUUAUCCUGAUGCCUAGUCACUUUACCCUGCCUUCAUGUACAUAACUACUUCAAAUACCUUGUACCGCUACACAUUGAUAUGGUACUGGUACUCCCUGUAUAUAACUCCAUUCUUGUGUAUUUUAUUUUGCUUCUCUUGUGUUAGUCACUAUUUAUAUUCAAAAAAAUGUUGACUCUUUAUCAUCGGGAAAGGUUCAUAAGCAAGCAUUUCACUGUAAAGUCUAUACCAGUUGUAUUCGGCGCAUGUGAUAAAAUUUGAUUUGAUUGUUAUUGGACAAGUUCAGAUAAUCCCUCCCCAUUUCAGCCUGUUUGCUUCCUAGUGAAUAGGACCCAGCCUGCAUUCAUACUACCCACCCACCAGCCUGAUUCAAAGCAAAGCAACCCUCUUAGUUCGGAUCCAUUUCUUGCCUUCGGCAUCCUUUCUGUUCUGGGCUUUCUAUGCGUCAUUGGAGAAGUAGGUGGAAUGCUAUAAUCUUGCUGGAUAAUUGGAUAUGCGUCAAAGCAAGCGUUAGAUGUUGUUUUUGAGCAUCAAGUGUUUAUUCUUCCUGCUUUAUCACCAUGUAGCUCAGUUGGUAGAGUAUGGCGCUUGCAACGCCAGGGUUGUGGGUUCGAUUCCCACAGGGGGCCAGUAUGAAAAAUGUAUGCACUCACUAACUGUAAGUCGCUCUGGAUAAGAGUGUCUGCUAAAUGACUAAAAUGUAAAAAUGUUAUUGCCCAUUGGUGUUUUGACAGUGCAGUGAUCGCAUCCAAAUGCCAGGCAGGGUAGUAAUGGGAAGAGUGGUGCACUCUAGGGAAUGAUAGUGUUCCUUUAAAAAUGAGGGUUGUGCUUCAGAAUUGAAUUGAGAAUGCCUCAUAGAUUGUAAUUAUUGAAUUGAAUUUGAAUUUAAGUAGUAAACAGGAUACAGAAUUGCAAUUUGAAUUUGAAUUAAUGGGAAUGGAAUUGAAUUCAGUGAAAUUAAAUUAAAUUGAAAUCCCUGUACUAUAUUAGGUGUAGUCCAUACAAAUAUACAUAUUGUACAUAAAACAUCACACGUUACAUUAUAUAAAUGCAAAUAUUCUAAGUUAUUAUAUUUCAUUAAUCACUUACAUUUAGUUCAAUAUGGGGAAAAUACAUUUCCCAGAAUGCAUUAGUUUAACCCUCAAGUUGACCCUAAAGCCUUCGAAAAGAGGCAAAAAAUAUUAUGGUUGGUGGAAAUAUAAUUGGCUAUUCUAAGCACGAAGAUUAAAAGAGCAUAUGAACAUUGUUUCCAGUGAAAAGUUAUAUACUUUGGUAUCUGGAAGUGACCUGUCAGACUCAAUGAAGCUCAUGUUCUAUGACUGAGUGGAAUUUCUUUGAAUUGCACUGAAUUAAAUUCUACUUCCUGUCACUCAAAUGUCCUGUGGGGUGUGGCCAAUUCUAAUUUCAACUCAUGAGUUCAAUGGAAGUCAAAACCAAAAUUCUGAAUUGAGCACAACCCUGGUACACACCAUUGUCUUGCACGUGACACACACACACAAACAAAGUUAUCUGUAUGUAACUGGAGCAGGCAGCUGACACAGACGACAGUGAGAGAGGCAGGAGAUGCAUCAGGCAGACAAGGUUAUACAUCAAGGUCAGUGGAAGUGUGUGUGUCACUGGUGAGUACACUCAAACGGCGUACAUUUUUAAAAGGAAUUCUCUCCUUCCCUUCAGUGCAUGUACGCAUACGUGUGUCAAAAAUGUAGUAAAGUUGUGGAUGUAGUUGGCUUUUUUCAUUUGGUAGUCUGUUACACAAACAAAAACAUCCAAUCACUUGCUAAAACUAUGACAUGGAUGGUGUUUAUUAUUUCCAGCCAAACAAAGGAUGCUCUUUGCUAUCAAGUCCCAGGUUCAACUUGUAUCCAUGUACCGUAAACAGUUAGGUUCCCCCUGCAGAGCGUUGGGAUGCAUUCUGUGCAUUGCUCCUACUUCUACAACAUCUUUAAUCUUUCCGAAUCCCCCCUCAUCUCCUCUACCCCUUCCUCACUUAUCUCCCUCUCCAUCUCAAUCCUCCUCUCCCCUAGUGUUGUCACGAUACCAGUAAUGCAAUACUAUGACAAUACUGGAUUUUCAUGAAGCAGACUGAACUUUAUGGUCUUUUAAAAACCAGCUCUAUGUUAAAUAGUGUGUGAUAUAGUUAAAAACAUAAACAAAAGUGACGCUGGGUGACAACAGAAAGUCAGCUUAAUGUUUUUUCUCCUUGCCACAAUACUUCAGAGUAUGUCUGGUAUCAUGACAACCCUAGGUGUCCCCCUGUUCUCCCACCUCCUCUAUCUGACUUUCUGACAACGGUGCAGUGUGAGGGGAUGAGGGCGCUUUGAAGGCUCCUCAGGGUUGGCCAUUACAUAAGUCUGGGCUUGGCAGGGCUUCCUCUCUUCACUGCAGAACCACCUUUAUUGUCUCACUAAUGUCUCACCUUAACGGUCUCACCUCCCUCUUACCUCUCUACUGCCUUACCGCUCUACUGCCUUACCUCUCUACUGCCUUACCUCUCUACUGCCUUACCUCUCUACUGCCUUACCUCUCUACUGCCUUACCUCUCUACUGCCUUACCGCUCUACUGCCUUACCUUUCUACUGCCUUACCGCUCUACUGCCUUACCGCUCUACUGCCUUACCGCUCAACUGUCUCAGUAAUGUCACAAAUCUAUUGUAUCACUUCUCUGUCUCACCUCUACUGUCUCAUUGAUAUCUCACCCCUCUACUAUAUCUUCUCUCUGCUUUCGCCCAACUCUGUCUCACCUCCCUUCUGUCUCAUCUCCCUUCUGUCUCACCUCCCCUCUGUCUCACCUCCCCUCUGUCUCACCUCCCCUCUGUCUCACCUCCCCUCUGUCUCACCUCCCCUCUGUCUCAUCUCCCUUCUGUCUCACCUCCCUUCUGUCUCACCUCCCCUCUGUCUCACCUCCCCUCUGUCUCACCUCCCCUCUGUCUCACCUCCCCUCUGUCUCAUCUCCCUUCUGUCUCACCUCCCUUCUGUCUCACCUCCCUUCUGUCUCACCUCCCUUCUGUCUCACCUCCCUUCUGUCUCACCUCCCUUCUGUCUCACCUCCCUUCUGUCUCACCUCCCUUCUGUCUCACCUCUCUAAAUUUUCUACUAGCCAGGUCUGUAAAUUACUAGCCUCGGGCUAGCGGGCUAACUUAAUUUCCAUCUCUGCUCUCACCCCUCUCACCUCUGGCUCAAUAAAGGUAUUCAACACACUUAGAGUUUUUAGCUGAUGUCAGAUGAAGGGUAAAAGGUUUUGCUGUGUCAGAUAUUAAAUCCUGACCUUGUCUGGUAACCGCGGUGUUGCUCUCCGCCCUGUCCCCUUAUUAAGAAUUCAGUGCAGGAAUGAAGGUCACUUGUCCCUUUGAAUUUGUCUGUGCCAGUAUUGCAAUGCUGACACACUCGCUCUCUCUUUGUCGAUCUGUCUCUACCCUCUCUCUCUCUUGCCACUCUUUUUCAACCCCUCUCUUUCCUAGGGGAGAGCUUUGAGCAGAGCCCCCUUCAGAGGUCCUUCAAGUCCAAGGUUCUGGCCCACUACCCUGAGAGCACAGACAGGAGUCCCUUCAACAGAGAUGCCGUCAACAUGGUAAGACAGUGGGGCUAGGAUACAUUUAGAGAACUUAGCAAAAGGUUAAGUCAGUCUUUUAUGUCAUGUUGGCUGUUUUAGCCCUUUAUGGAAAGAAAGUUGUUGUGCCACCAUGUGAAAAUGGCCUAAUUUCAUGCAUUCAUUACAAGAAAAUGUUUUAUGUUGAAGUACAACUUAUUUUGUACACAUUUUACACAGAAUAGAGGACUUUACAUUUGUUGUUUGUGCACUAUUGUUUUGUUAAAGGGAUAGUUCGGGAUUUUGGCAAAGAAGCCCUUCAUCCGCUUCUCUGGAGUCAGAUAACUUGUGGAUACCAUUUUUAUGUCUCUGCGUGCAGUUUGAAGGAAGUUGCUAACUAGCAUUAGCGCAAUGCUAACUAGCGUUAAUUGAACCAUUGAAAGUUUUUGAACAAAUGUAUGAUUGUUUGGCACUGCAAGAGCCUUAAAUGCUGUGCCAUCACGUCUUUGUUUUGUUCUCCUGUACCAUAAUGCAUUUCUAUUUAAUGCAAAUGAGAUAAUAUUUUCUGUUUUUAUUUUUAUUUUUAUGACACACUCUUGUAUAAACAAGUCAGGAUGAUAAAAGCGCUAGGUCAGGAACUCAACAGAAUCUACUAAUUUAGAUGAACCAAUUAAAACAUCUCAAGUUGUUUUUGUGAAAAGUUAAAACUUGUUGUGAGCUGUCAAACCCUAAAGUACUUUGUAGCAGAUCGAGCGCCUUUUCAUGGAGCCACACUCGGGUUCUUUCCACAAAUAAGGGCCAUUUUAACCGCUAGUCUUUUAAUGUUGUUUAUCAGAAUGAAAGCUCUUCGCUAGUCUUUAAUGUUGUUUAUCAGAAUGAAAGCUCUUCAGAAUGAUUUGACCCCUCUCAUCCCUGUCCAUAAUCCCUUGUGUUUGAUUUAAGAACAUGCUAUUGAAGGCAGUUGACACUGUUUGCCACUCUUUCUGUACCUUCCCCUACCCCAUCCUCCUCUCCUCUCUCUCUCUCUACCCCUUUAUUCUCCUUUUUCCUCUGCUAUGUCUUCUAAAACAUCUCCUCUCACUCUUCCUUCGACAUCUCUCCCACCUCUAUUCUAUUCUCCAUCCUCGCACUCCUCCCUCUCUCUCUAUUUUCUCCAUUCCUCUUCCCAUGUCUCUUUUCCUCCCUUCAUCUCUCUGUCUCUCUCUCUCAUCCCCAGCUCUGCAUGCCGCAUGGCCUGUCGUUCCGCAGUCAGGCGGACGCCCACGAGCACCACUUCCAUUCCUUCACGGUCGCCGACGAUGACGGCACGCGUUCUUACGGCUUCGUGCACACGUACUAUGAAGCGGUGACGAGCGCCCAGAUCACCACAGCGAUGCAGACCCUUCAUCAGAUGCACCAUGUGGAGCACUACUCCACAUCCUCUUCGUCUUCUUCCUCUGCCUCCUCCCCCUCCACAUCCAGCAUGGACUCUCUGGUGAGCAGCCUGGAUGAGUUGGAUGCCGACUCCCUGGCAGCGCGCCCCCUGUCGGCUUGUUUGGGCUGCGCGGCGGGCUCCUUCCAGCCGGCCUGGGACACCCUGUAUUCCUCCAAGGCCCUCUGCCUCCUCACGCCCCUCCCCUUCCUGCACGCCUCACGCCACUUCCUGUCCCAGCUGCACCAGGCGGUGAUGUCGCACGCCGCCCCGCCACUGCCGCUGGAGAGCUACAUCCACAACAUCCUGUACGAGGUGCCCGUGCCGCCGCCCGGUCGUUCGCUCCGGUUCCAUGGGGUCCAGGGGCCUAUUUUGUGCCAGCAGCCCGGCCCCGAUGAACUCCCGCUGGGGGACUACCCCCUGGGAGAGGCCUUCUCCCUGCUGGGGGUGGAGAACAUGGUGAGGCUGCUCACCUCCGUGCUGCUGGAGACCCAGGUCUUGCUCUAUUCACAGGGUAAGGACCAAAAGACCAGGCAGCAUUUGCUGAAAGAUUACCACCCUAGGUUGUGUUUCGAUAGUUUUUCAAAUGUAAAAAUCUAACCUAAACCAAAAGUGUGCACUUGUUAAUUUCCCAUCAUGCAUCUCUCUGUCUCCAGACUACCAGCGGUUGAUGACGGUGGCAGAGGGCAUCACCAACCUACUGUUUCCGUUCCAGUGGCAGCACGUCUACCUGCCCAUCUUGCCCGCUCCCCUGCACCAUCUCCUGGAUGCCCCCGUGCCCUUCUUGAUGGGCAUCCAACGGAGGGAUGGCUCCCAAAGCUCCACUCUGGAUCUGUCCCAUGAGGUAUUUUACUGAUAUGUACUUAGGACCAGUGCCGUGCACAGACCUUUCAGGGGGCAGGUGCUCAAAAACACACUCAUCAUCACAUAUUUUAAGCAAGCUAGUUACAAUGCCUCCUAAAGACAUGAUUGACGUCGGGAAAAGAGGGUGGGAUAUCAGCUGAUCAUUGAUGUUGAUGAUUGAUGUAAAUCUGCUAGUUAGCUAGCUCCAUUUUAUUUAUUAUAUUUAGUUUUUUGUUAUUAAAAAAAAAACAAUAUUUUUCUUUUUUAAUGUUUUUUUUUUUUUACUGGUUAUGAUUUACGUCUGUGUUUCUUCAUCUCUCUGCUGCACAUAUCAGCAAAUCAGACCUAAUAUUGAUGAUGAUGUAGGCGGUGUUAAUAAAAUGUUAUGCUGCUGUGGCAGUACUGUUGAUAUUUAAACUAGGUAGCUAGCUACACACACACUUAACCGGUGACCGCAUCUCUCAAGCCAUGCAUGUUUGCAAUCUCAGGCAGACUGGGGGGGGGGGGGGGGGGCUAUACCACCUGGCUAUACCUAUAUAAACACAACAUGCAACAAUUUCAAAGAUUUUUCUGAGUUACAGGUCAUAUAAGGAAAUCAGUCAAUUGAAAUAAAUUUCACAUGACUGGUGUGACUACCAUUUGCCUCAUGCAGCGUGACACAUCUCUUUCGCAUAGAGUUGGUCAGGCGGUUGUUUGUGGCCUGUGGAACAUUGUCCCACUCCUCUUCAAUGGCUGUGCGAAGUUGCUGGUUUGUGGUCAGGUCCUUGCGACAUGGGGCCGUGCAUUAUCAUGCUGAAACAUGAGGGGAUGGUGGCGGAUGAAUGGCACGACAAUGGGCCUCAGGAUAUUGACACGGUAUCUCUGUGCAUUCAAAUUGCCAUCUAUAAAAUGCAAUUGUCUUCGUUGUCCGUAGCUUAUGCCUGCCUAUACCAUAACCCCACCACCACCAUGGGGCACUCUGUUCACAACGCUGACAUAAGCAAACCGCUCGCCCACACAACGCCAAAAACACGUGGUCUGCGGUUGUGAGGCCGGUUGGACAUACUGCCAAAUUCUCUAAAACAAUGUUGGAGGCGGCUUACGGUAGAGAAAUGAACAUUCAAUUCUCUGGAAACAGCUCUGGUGGACAUGCCAAUUGCACACUCCCUCAACUUGAGACAUCUGUGGCAUUGUGUUAUGUGACAAAAUUGCACAUUUUCGAGUGGCCUUUUAUUGUCCCCAGCACAAGGUGCACCUGUGUAAUGAUCAUGCUGUUUAAUCAUCUUCUUGAUAUGCCACACCUGUCAGGUGGAUGGAUUAUCUUGGCAAAGGAGAAAUCCUCACUAAGAGGGACGUAAACAAAUUAGUGCACAGAAUUUGAGAGAAAUACGCUUUUUGUGCGUGUGGAAAAUUUCUAGGAUCUUUUAUUUCAGUUCAUGAAACACUUUACAUGUUGCGUUUAUAUUUUUGUUCAGUAUAGUUCACAUUCUCUAGUCCUCCUCUGUUCCUCUGGUGAUGUAGAGGCUAACCCAGGCCCUGCAGCCCUCAGUAUCACUCCUACUCCCCAGGCACUAUCAUUUGUUGACUUCUGUAAUCGCAAAAGCCUUGGUUUCUUGCAUGUUAAUAUCAGAAGUCUACUUCCUAAGUUUGAGUUAUUCACUGCGUUAGCACACUCCGCCAACCCUGAUGUUCUAGCAGUGUCUGAAUCCUGGCUUAGGAAGGCCACCAAAAAUUCUGAAAUUUCCAUCCCCAACUAUAACAUUUUCCGUCUAGAUAGAACUGCCAAAGGGGGUGGAGUUGCAAUCUACUGUAGAGAUAGCUUGCAGAGCUCUAUCAUACUAUUCAGGUCUGUGCCCAAACAGUUUGAGCUUCUACUUCUAAAAAUCCACCUUUCCAGAAAUAAGUCUCUGUGUUGCCGCUUGCUACAGACCCCCCUCAGCCCCCAGCUGUGCCCUGGACACCAUAUGUGAAUUGAUUGCCCCCCAUUUAUCCUCAGAGUUCGUACUGCUUGGUGACCUAAAUUGGGAUAUGCUUAACACCCCGGCCAUCCUACAAUCCAAACUAGAUGCCCUCAAUCUCACACAAAUUAUCAACGAACAUACCAGGUACAACCCUAAAUCCGUAAACAUGGGUACCCUCAUAGAUAUCAGGGAUGUAGCUCAGUUGAUAGAGCAUGGCGUUUGCAACGCCAGGGUUGUGGGUUCGAUUCCCACGGGGGGCCAGUAUAAAAAAAAUAUGUAUUCACUAACUGUAAGUCGCUCUGGAUAAGAGCAUCUGCUAAAUGACUAAAAUGUAAAUGUAAUAUCAUCCUGACUAACUUACCCUCUAAAUACACCUCCGCUGUCUUCAACCAGGAUCUCAGCGAUCACUGCCUUAUUGCCUGCGUCCGUAACGGGUCCGCGGUCAAACGACCACCCCUCAUCACUGUCAAACACUCCCUAAAACACUUUAGCGAGCAGGCCUUCCUAAUUGACCAGGCCCAGGUAUCCUGGAUGGAUAUAGAUCUCAUUCCGUCAGUAGAGGAUGCCUGGUUGUUCUUUAAAAGUAAUUUCCUCUCAAUCUUAAAUAAACAUGCCCCAUUCAAAAAAUACAGAACUAAGAACAGAUAUAGCCCCUGGUUCUCCUCAGACUUGACUGCCCUUGACCAGCACAAAAACAUCCUGUGGCGUACUGCAUUAGCAUCAAAUAGUCCCCGCGAUAUGCAACUUUUCAGGGAAGUUAGGAACCAAUAUACACAAGCAGUCAGGAAAGCAAAGGCUAACUUUUUCAAACAGAAAUUUGCAUCCUGUAGCACUAACUCCAAAAAGUUUUGGGACACUGUAAAGUCCAUGGAGAAUAAGAGCACUUCCUCCCAGCUGCCCACUGCACUGAGGCUAGGAAACACUAUCACCACCGAUAAAUCUACAAUAAUCGAGAAUUUCAACAAGCAUUUUGCUACGGCUGGCCAUGCUUUCCACCUGGCUACCACUACCCCGGCCACCAACUCUGCACCCCCCGCUGCAACUUGCCCAUGCCCCCCCCGCUUCUCCUUCACACAAAUUCAGACAGCUGAUGUUCUGAAAGACUCUCAGAUCCACCUCUACGCAGACAACACCAUUUUGUAUACAUCUGGCCCUUCAUUGGACACUGUGUUAACAAACCUCCAAACGAGCUUCAAUGCCAUACAACAAUCCUUCAGUAGCCUCCAACUGCUCUUAAACACUAGUAAAACUAAAUGCAUGCUUUUCAAUCGAACGCUGCUGGCACCCGCCCACCCGACUAGAAUCACCACUCUCGACGGGUCUGACAUAGAGUAUGUGGACAACUACAAAUACCUAGGUGUCUGGUUAGACUGUAAACUCUCCUUCCAGACUCACAUUAAGAAUCUCCAAUCCAAAGUUAAAUCUAGAAUCGGCUUCCUAUUUCGCAACAAAGCCUCCUUCACUCAUGCUGCCAAACAUGCCCUCGUUAAACUGACUAUCCUACCGAUCCUUGACUUCGGCGAUGUCAUUUACAAAAUAGCCUCCAACACUCUACUCAGCAAAUUGGAUGUAGUCUAUCACAGUGCCAUCCGUUUUGUCUCCAAAGCCCCAUACACUACCCACCACUGUGACCUGUACGCUCUUGUUGGCUGGUCCUCACUACAUGUUCGUCGUCAAACCCACUGGCUCCAGGCCAUCUAUAAAUCACUGCUAGGCAAAUCCCUGCCUUAUCUUAGCUCAUUGGUCACCAUAGCAGCACCCACCCGUAGUCUGCGCUCCAGCAGGUAUAUCUCACUGGUCAUCCCCAAAGCCAACACCUCCUUUGGCCGCCAUUCCUUCCAGUUCUCUGCUGCCAAUGACUGGAACGAAUUGCAAAAAUCUCUGAAGCUGGAGACACUUAUCUCCCUCACUAACUUUAAGCAUCAGUUGUCAGAGCACCUUACCGAUCACUGCACAUGUACACAGCCCAUCUGAAAUUAGCCCACCCAACUACCUCAUCCCUAUAUUGUUAUUUAUUUUGCUCUUUUGCACCCCAGUAUCUCUAUUUGCACAUAAACUCUUGCACAUCUAGCAUUCCAGUGUUAAUACUAAUUGUAAUUAUUUUGCACUAUAGCCUAUUUAUUGCCUUACCUCCAUAACUUGCUACAUUUGCACACACUGUAUAUAUAUAUUUUCUGUUGUAUUUUGAUUUUUGAUUUUUUUUUGACUGUUUUUUUACCCCAUAUGUAACUCUGUGUUGUUGUUGUUUUUAUCGCACUGCUUUGCUUUAUCUUGGCCAGGUCGCAGUUGUAAAUGAGAACUUGUUCUCAACUGGCUUACCUGGUUAAAUAAAGGUGAAAUAAAUAAUAAAUAAAUAAAAAGCAUUCUAGUAGGCAUUUUAGAGGCAUUCACUGACCUUGCAAAAACAUUCCAACAAGCAAUCGAACACAUUUUACAUUUACAUUUUAGUCAUUUAGCAGACACUCUUAUCCAGAGCGACUUACAGUUAGUGAGUGCAUACAUUUUCAUACUGGCCCCCCGUGGGAAACGAACCCACAACCCUGGCAUUGCAAGCGCCAUGCUCUACCAACUGAGCUACAGGGGACCCGUAGAACACAAUGUAAGGUUCACUGUAACGGGCAUUCUAAUAAGACAUUCCAUUACGCAGUGUAACAGGCAGUGAAAAGAGCAUUGUAACAUUUGCUGCAUUCUUGCAGUGCCUGUACUAAUCCACCCUAUUCUAGUUGCAUAUUAACAUCCCCCCCCCCCCCCCCCGAGCUCUCUGGUGCUGGCAAACAUAGAAAUUCACACUGCUCCUCCAGCGAGCUCCUCCGCUUCUCCCUUCUCUCCCCAAAUCCAAUUCUCCAUCCCUCAACGAAAGAUUAUGCCAUGCCGCAGAAGCAUUUCGCUAGGUUUGCGUCCCAAAUGGCACCCUAUUCCCUAUUUAGCGAAUUAGGUGCCAUUUGGGACAUAUAUUAGAAGUUUUCUUUGAAGUGGUAGAGCUGGCCCAGGGAGAUAUCAGUAGAGAGAGCUGAGUCGUGGGCAAUGGUGGGAGGAGGAAGGUACUGAUAUUUCUAGAGAAAUCAGACGGCGUGAAUAAUUAAGGUUUAAGAAUUGCCCUGUUUUAUUUCUGGAUGUAUGUGAGAGGAUAGGGCUGACACAGGAGGCAGCAAUAUAAUGCACACUUUGCAGAUUGUAGAACGCAUCCCGAUCGUAUCCUGUGUUUUUAAAGAUCUAUCCAUCUACAGUCCACUUUUUCCAGCAGGGUUAAGUGCGUUUUAUCUGUAUCCUUAUCCAAAGUCAUGGCUUUUGAAAAGCGCAUAGCUUUUGAUGGCAUUUAGCUGAUGUGUCACAGUACAGUGGAAUGUCAACAUAUUUUGUCAUGGUAAAUUGGGUCAUCAUACUCCGAGGGGGAAGGCGAGGGCGUGGUUUAUGUUGCAAGCUUUCCCAUGAGAAGUGGAGCGAUGAUGCUUUAAUCAUAUGAACCUUUAAAAGCACAUUCUUUGAUAUUUACAGACGUGUUUGAUCAUGUAAAUGAAUGAUACCCAUUGUUCAUGCCUGUUCUUGAAGAAUAUCACUUUGUCUUGCUUUUUUUUUAAGUUGAGGAGUGGGCCAUUAAACUAGAACUGUAAACAAACGGUGGUCUGUGUGAAUCUGUCUUAUCACAGGCAGUUAAGAAUAAAAAUGGUUAAUGGCAUAACGUCAGUGCUGAGUUUGGACAGACAAAGUGUCACUUAAGCAGAGCACACUGUCGAUGCUGUUAAAGGGGAUGUCGAUGCUGUUAAAGGGGAUUUCAUGGUGUCAGUCUCUGACAGUCUGUGUCAGGCCAGUGCCUGCUUGGCUUCUCUCCAGAGGUUGACUCAUUUCUCUGACUGUUUUUCGCAUUGAUGAAAAUGUUGUCAGUGAACGAAGUGAUGUGCAUGAAACUUAGCCUGGUCCCAGAUCUGUUUAGCUGUUUAGCCAACUCCAAUUGUUUUGGUUGACUAUACUGCGCAAAGAGAUCUGGACCAGGCUAUGUGAAACUAGUAUGCCAAGAGAGACAGAGCCAUAGAGGGGGAGUUUUUAGAGAGGAAAGAGAGAGAGGAGGAGAAUGGAGAGAUGAGAAAAAGAGAGUGAUCUGGGGAAGAGAGGGAUUUGAAACAAGCAUUUUGCUGCACCUUUUAUACCUGCUGUAAACUGUGUACAUGAUGAAUAACAUUUUAUUUUAUUUGAUCUGUCCCCCUUCCAGGCCAACGUGUGCUUUGUGGACAUAGACAACCACCGCGUGGAUCCACCCGAGGACCUGCCCCUCUUCCCAGACCAGCCCGAGCUCAUCCAGGAGCUGAACGAGGUGCUGCUGCGUUUUGGCCUCCAGCCACAUGGUGGCGCCACCACCACCGAACUCGCACCUGCCGCUCCCCCCUGCCUCAGCAGCCUAGUCCUGGAGGACCUAAUGGAAGACAGGCGCAACGGGAACCUGGGAGGGGAGGAGUUGGCCGUGCUGGAACGACUGCAGGCACUAGCGAGGAGGUGUGGAGAAAGAGGGAUGGAGGGGGGGAAGACCCUUGGACGGGCGUUCCAGGAGGAGGAGGAGGAACUGAAUGCGGCCAAAAUGAACGUGCAGCUGAGGGAGGUGUUCGCAGGGCGUUUCGCCGCCAUUUUCGGGAGGUAUGAAGAGUUUGUGAUCCACAGUGCUCCUGACCUGGAGUCCUGGCUAGGCAACCGUGAGGGAACGAGCAACUUUGAUAAGGUAAUGGUGAAGACUGAUCGACAGUCACUCACUGAAGGAAUACAUUAUAUCCGUAGCCUACUCCUUCACAGUCAGUAAUCCUACAUACAUUGACAAGAAGCUCUCAUUCAGGAUAGAAGCAAUAUUCUCCCACUGUUACAGAUUUCACUUGUUAGUGGUUUUAUGUGUAUUGUUGUUAACAUUUGUGCCUUUGUGUAUCACCAGGGCUCCUUCCUGUCGGCGCAGCCCGCCCCGCACCUGCACUUCUUGUCCUGGUUCCUGGAGACGGCCAUGUUCUCAUCAUUCUUGGACGGCAAGGUGUUGUCUCGCUGGGCCGACCAGGAGCCGCUGCAGCGUGUGUUCGACGGCCGCCUAGAAAGGGAGCGCCUCUACGACACGUUCGAGGACGACCCCGGCAACCGUCGCUACAGGAAGUGCAGCGUGCUCCACAAAUCAGGUAGGUGGGUGACAGCAUGGUGUGGAAAUUGGUUCCAGGGGUGCUACAGUAGUACUUAAAUGUCUUAUUAUUAUUAUUAUUAUUAUUGCUAACUGCAUGUGGUGGGCGAGCCCCCCUGUCCACCUAUCUCUGGGUCAUGUUCAUUAGGGCACGCAGUAGAAAAGGUUUUAAAAGCUUUUGCAACGGUAAAUGAAAAUGAGUUCAGAUAGUCCCUCACUGUUGUAGUCUGCUUUUUUCUAUUUGGUGCCUGAUGAACAUGGUCCGUUUGUCCUCUGUCCAAUGCAUAGAGUAUAUUGAGAGGCAGGGAUUAGCUAAAGAUGCUAGCAUCACCAAAAUCUCCAUCCAUUAUACACUGCUCAAAAAAAUAAAGGGAACACUUAAACAACACAAUGUAACUCCAAGUCAAUCACACUUCUGUAAAAUCAAACUGUCCACUUAGGAAGCAACACUGAUUGACAAUACAUUUCACAUGCUGUUGUGCAAAUGGAAUAGACAACAGGUGGAAAGUAUAGGCAAUUAGCAAGACACCCCCAAUAAAGGACUGGUUUUGCAGGUGGUGACCACAGACCACUUCUCAGUUCCUAUGCUUCCUGGCUGAUGUUUUGGUCACUUUUGAAUGCUGGCGGUGCUUUCACUCUAGUGGUAGCAUGAGAGGGAGUCUACAACCCACACAAGUGGCUCAGGUAGUGCAGCACAUCCAGGAUGGCACAUCAAUUCGAGCUGUGGCAAGAAGGUUUGCUGUGUCUGUCAGCGUAGUGUCCAGAGCAUGGAGGCGCUACCAGGAGACAGGCCAGUACAUCAGGAGACGUGGAGGAGGCCGUAGGAGGGCAACAACCCAGCAGCAGGACUGCUACCUCCGCCUUUGUGCAAGGAGGAGCAGGAGGAGCACUGCCAGAGCCCUGCAAAAUGACCUCCAGCAGGCCAUAAAUGUGCAUGUGUCUGCUCAAACGGUCAGAAACAGACUCCAUGAGGGUGGUAUGAGGGCCCGACGUCCACAGGUGGGGGUUGUGCUUACAGCCCAACACCGUGCAGGACGUUUGGCAUUUGCCAGAGAACACCAAGAUUGGCAAAUUCGCCACUGGCGCCCUGUGCUCUUCACAGAUGAAAGCAGGUUCACACUGAGCACAUGUGACAGACGUGACAGAGUCUGGAGACGCCAUGGAGAACGUUCUGCUGCCUGCAACAUCCUCCAGCAUGACCGGUUUGGCGGUGGGUCAGUCAUGGUGUGGGGUGGCAUUUCUUUGGGGGGCCGCACAGCCCUCCAUGUGCUCGCCAGAGGUAGCCUGACUGCCAUUAGGUACCGAGAUGAGAUCCUCAGACCCCUUGUGAGACCAUAUGCUGGUGCGGUUGGCCCUGGGUUCCUCCUAAUGCAAGACAAUGCUAGACCUCAUGUGGCUGGAGUGUGUCAGCAGUUCCUGCAAGAGGAAGGCAUUGAUGCUAUGGACCGCCCGUUCCCCAGACCUGAAUCCAAUUGAGCACAUCUGGGACAUCAUGUCUCGCUCCAUCCACCAACGCCACGUUGCACCACAGACUGUCCAGGAGUUCCCUCAGGAGACCAUCCGCCACCUCAUCAGGAGCAUGCCCAGGCGUUGUAGGGAGGUCAUACAGGCACGUGGAGGCCACACACACUACUGAGCCUCAUUUUGACUUGUUUUAAGGACAUUACAUCAAAGUUGGAUCAGCCUGUAGUGUGGUUUUCCACUUUAAUUUUGAGGGUGACUCCAAAUCCAGACCUCCAUGGGUUGAUAAAUUUGAUUUCCAUUGAUCAUUUUUGUGUGAUUUUGUUGUCAGCACAUUCAACUAUGUAAAGAAAAAAGUAUUUUAUAAGAUUAUUUCAUUCAUUCAGAUCUAGGAUGUGUUAUUUUAGUGUUCCCUUUAUUUUUUUGAGCAGUGUACAACUCACAUUGUAUGGGUUUGCGGAUUCGUCUUGACUUUUUUUUUCUUUCUACUUCCUAAAUUCCCUCUGUUCCACUGAGCGAAGAUGGAAACAAAAGAGGGAACAUUUCGACUGAGCGACUGUGACGUAGAAUAAAAGAUAUGAGAGGGAUGGGGAAUAUUUGUUCUGGUGGAAUUAGAGGGGAAAUGAAGUUCACUGUCAAUCUGAGAGAAGACCAAAUUGAAGAAAAGAGGAGUGGAGGGUAAAAGAGGUAGACAAUUAUAUAUGAGGGGGAGAAAGGGAGGGAGACUGAGAAGGGGAUACUUUAGAGCGGUGGAGGAUGGGGUGGGGGGGAGAUACAGUGAAGGAAAAAGUAUUUGAUCCCCUGCUGAUUUUGUACGUUUGCCCACUGACAAAGAAAUGAUCAGUCUAUAAUUUUAAUGGUAGGUUUAUUUGAACAGUGAGAGACAGAAUAACAACAAAUAAAUCCAGAAAAACGCAUGUCAAAAAUGUUAGAAAUUGAUUUGCAUUUUAAUGAGGGAAAUAAGUAUUGAGGUCUCCAAGGAUGUCAGGGACAAGAUUGUAGACCUACACAAGGCUGAGAAGGUGACAACAGUUGGUGCGAUUAUUCGCAAAUAGAAGAAACACAAAAGAACUGUCAAUCUCCCUCGCCCUGGGGCCCCAUGCAAGAUCUCACCUCGUGGAGUUGAAAUGAUCAUGAGAACGGUGAGGAAUCAGCCCAGAACUACACAGGAGGAUCUUGUCAAUGAUCUCAAGGCAGCUGGGACCAUAGUCACCAAGAAAACAAUUGGUAACACACUACGCCGUGAAGGACUGAAAUCCUGCAGUGCCCACAAGGUCCCCCUGCUCAAGAAAGCACAUAUACAGGGCCGUCUGAAGUUUGCCAAUGAACAUCUGAAUGAUUCAGAUGAGAACUGGGUGAAAGUGUUGUGGUCAGAUGAGACCAAAAUCGAGCUCUUUGGCAUCAACUCAACUCGCCGUGUUUGGAGGAGGAGGAAUGCUGCCUAUGACCCCAAGAACACCAUCCACACCGUCAAACAUGGAUGUGAAAACAUUAUGCUUUGGGGUGUUUUUCUGCUAAGGGGACAGGACAACUUCACCGCAUCAAAUGGACGAUGGACGGGGCCAUGUACCGUCAAAUCUUGGGUGAGAAUCUCCUUCCCUCAGCCAGGGCAUUGAAAAUGGGUCGUGGAUGGGUAUUCCAGCAUGACAAUGACCCAAAACACACGGCCAAGGCAACAAAGGAGUGGCUCAAGAAGAAGCACAUUAAGGUCCUGGAGUGGCCUAGCCAGUCUCCAGACCUUAAUCCCAUAGAAAAUCUGUGGAGGGAGCUGAAGGUUCGAGUUGCCAAACGUCAGCCUCGAAACCUUAAUGACUUGGAGAAGAUCUGCAAAGAGGAGUGGGACAAAAUCCCUCCUGAGAUGUGUGCAAACCUGGUGGCCAGCUACAAGAAACGUCUGACCUCUGUGAUUGCCAACAAGGGUUUUGCCACCAAGUACUAAGUCAUGUUUUGCAGAGGGGUCAAAUACUUAUUUCCCUCAUUAAAAUGCAAAUCAAUUUAUAACAUUUUUGACAUGCGUUUUUCUGGAUUUUAUUGUUGUUAUUCUGUCUCUCACUGUUCAAAUAAACCUACCAUAAAAAUUAUAGACUGAUCAUGUCUUUGUCAGUGGGCAAACGUACAAAGUCAGCAGGGGAUCAAAUACUUUUUUCCCUCACUGUAAGUAGCAUAUGAUGAGAGGAGGAGGAAUAAAACAGUACAUCUUGUCCCUAUAUUGAGAGCCUCAAAAUUCUCAGCUUUGAAGUACUGCCAAGCGCUCUGCAGAGACUGCACCAUUCUCUUCUUCACAGGCUCUCUCUCUCUCUCUCUCUCUCUCUCUCUCUCUCUCUCUCUCUCUCUCUCUCUCUCUGUCUCUCUGUCUCUGUCUGUGUGUCUUUAAUAGUGCAUCUCUUUCUCUUUCUGCUUUACACUCUAUCUCCUUCUCUCUGUUUCAGUUUCUCCCUUUUAUCUCUCUCUCGUGUUUCCCAGAAGUGUCUUUCAAAGUAAACCAGAUAGGGUUCACUUACAUAUCGUGACAACAACACAUGACCUUGGUUAUGUACAAAGAGCUUUACAGAUCAUAGACUUACAUACAGUAUGACACUGAUAAAAAUUUCUGUAUUUGAAAACAGGCUUAUACAAUGGUCAUUCAACGUAAGACUUCUAUGUAGAGGAAUGAAAAGCUAGAAAUAAAGGUGUGAUAACAAAUACACUGUCCUGUGUGGCUCAGUUGGUAGAGCAUGGCACUGGCAACAUCAGGAUUGUGGGUUCGAUUCCUGCUGGGACCACCCAUACAAAAACUAUGCAUGCAUGACUAUGUCACUUUGAAUUGAAAGCGUCUGCUAAAUGGCAUAUAUUCGUAUUAUUUUACUGGCCUGGUUACACAUCCAACAAAGUUGCUGGAACCGUGCUGGAAAUGACAAUGUGACAGGAAAAUACCAGAGCCAGCACAGUACGGUUUGGGUCAGCACAAUAAUGUGAAAAGGUUAAUUGACACUGCCUCUCCAACAGCAUUCUCCAGUAGGCCCAACUCACAUCUCCCACCUCUAUUUUGCUCUGGUCCUCAGCCCAGGCCAUGGAACUCAGGCUGCUGAAGGCUGACCACACGGCCAUCCACCCCCACCUGUUGGACAUGAGGAUCGGCCAGGGCCGACACCAACAGGGCUGCUUCCCCAGGCUGCAUGCUGAUGUACUGGCACAGGGACACAACACCAACAAGUAAGUAACAUACACCCAUAUACAAAAGUUUGGACACACCUACUCAUUCCAGGGUUUUUCUUUAUUUUUACUAUUAUUCUACAUUGUAGAAUAAUAGUGAAGACAUCAAAACUAUGAAAUAACACAUAUGGAAUCAUGUAGUAACCAAAAACGUGUUAAACAAAUCAAAAUAUAUUUUAUAUUUGAGGUUCUUCAAAGUAGCCACCCUUUGUCUUGAUGACAGCUUUGCACACUCUUGGCAUUCUCUCAACUAGCUUCAUGAGGUAGUCCCCUGGAAUGCAUUUCAGUUAACAGGUGUGCUUUGUUAAAAGUUAAUUUGUGGAAUUUCUUUCCUUCUUAAUGCAUUUGAGCCAAUCAGUUGUGUUGUGACAAGUUAGGGUUGGUAUACCGAAGAUAGCCCUAUUUGGUAAAAGACCAAGUCCAUAUUAUGGCAAGAACAACUUAAAUAAGCAAAGAGAAAUUACAGUCCAUCAUUACUUUAAGACAUGAAGGUCAGUCAAUACGGAACAUUUCAAGAAUGCAGUCGCAAAAACCAUCAAGCGCUAUGAUGAAACUGGCUCCCAUGAGGACCACCACAGGAAAGGAAGACCCAGAGUUACCUCCGCUGCAGAGGAUAAGUUCAUUAGAGUUAACUGCACCUCAGAAAUUGCAGCCCAAAUAAAUGCUUCACAGAGUUCAAGUAACAGACACAUCUCAACAUCAACUGUUCAGAGGAGACUGCGUGAGUCAGGCAUUCAUGGUCGAAUUGCUGCAAAGAAACCACUACUAAAGGACACCAAUAAGAAGAAGAGACUUGCUUGGGACAAGAAACACGAGCAAUGGACAUUAGACCGGUGGAAAUCUGUCAUUUGGUCUGAGUCCAAAUUUGAGAUUUUUGGUUCCAACCGCCGUGUCAUUGUGAGACGCAGAGUAGGUGAACGGAUGAUCUCCGCAUGUGUGGUUCCCACCGUGAAGCAUGGAGGAGGAGGUGUGAUGGUAUGGGGGUGCUUUGCUGGUGACACUGUCUAUGAUUUAUUUAGAAUUCAAGGCACAUUUAACCAGCAUGGCUACCACAGCAUUCUGCAGCGAUACGCCAUCCCAUCUGGUUUGCGCUUAGUGGGACUAUCAUUUGAUUUUCAACAGGACAAUGACCCAACACACCACCAGGCUUUGUAAGGGCUAUUUGACCAAGAAGGAGAGUGAUGGAGUGCUGUAUCAGAUGACCUGGCCUCCACAAUCACCUGACCUCAACCCAAUUGAGAUGGUUUGGGAUGAGUUGGACCGCAGAGUGAAGGAAAAGCAGCCAACAAGUGCUCAGCAUAUGUGGGAACUCUUUCAAGACUGUUGGAAAAGCAUUCCAGGUGAAGCUGGUUGAGAGAAUGCCAAGAGUGUGCAAAGCUGUCAUCAAGGCAAAGUGUGGCUACUUUGAAGAAUCUAAAAUCUAAAAUAUUUUUUUUACUACAUGAUUCCAUGUGUUAUUUCAUAGUUUUGAUGUCUUCACUAUUAUUCUACAAUGUAGAAAAUAGUACAAAAAAUGAGUAGGUGUGUCUUGACUGGUACUGUAUAUACACCGACACACACACAAGAAUGACCUACACACACACAAAAUAAUGAUCCACACACACACACAAACAAACACACACACAAUGUACAUUGUGUCUGAUGCUGUUGUAGGUGGUCAAGUCGUAGCACUCGCAGGAGCAACAUUAAGAGACCAGUGACCACUGAGACGACAUCAGGACUGGGAAUUGACCAGAGAGAGGUAAACACCUGCUUUACCUAUGGCCCUGUCCAAAAUCAACCACUAGCCCUUUCCCUUAACUGGUGUAAGCAAUAUGGUGAUGCCUUCACCUUUCUUCGCAUGACCAUCAUUCUGCAUUCUUCGGGGUUGUGUUCACAAGGGCACACAACGUUUAAAAUGUUUUAAAAUAAAAUGAGCCAGGUAGUCCCUCUCUGUUUCAGUCCGAUCUACAAACCCAGGAUGGGUAGGGGCUAGGCCGGGAAAGGAGUUAUUGGUUGUUUUCAGAAUCAACUUUUUAGUAUUGUCUGAUUGUCUCUCGCUCUCUGGGUUUAUCCAAUAGAAGUACUCUCCUGGGAGGAGGAGCCAACACCAGUCCAAGCUGCUUGAUCCCUCCCCCUCAGCUGUCACUCAAACCCAGCAGGGUUUCGUGGAGGGGCUGCUGAGUGAGUGUCGCCUGAAGGUAAGGGGUCUCCUGACUCACCACAGCAGGGGCACAUCAUCUCUGUUGGGCUCUAGACAAUCACACAGCAUGUUAGAGGUAGAUAUACAGAGUGAUUGUCUGUGUCCGAAAUGGCACCCUAUUCCUAUAUAGUUCACCACUUUUGGAGAAAUGUAGUUCGUGUGCAGUGCAUCUGUAGCUGAAAAAUGUCUGUUUAGUGACCUUUAAUUCUUAAAAUGAUAACAUAUAUCAACACUACAUUCAAUGAGGGCCAAGUCCUCCUAACUUGAGUUGCGUGUGCUUAAUUCUGACCCUUGCAUGAAUCAUGUAUUGAUAUGCAUCCCAGUUCUCCACACUUCUCCUAAAGUGUGCCAUUGCACACCCCUCAUCAUGCCAGGUGGCAGGUAGCUUAGUGGUUAAGAGCGUUGUGCCAGUAACCGAAAGGUCGCUGGUUCUAAUCCCCGAGCCGAAUAGGUGAAAAAUCUGUCAAUGUGCCCUUGAGCAAGGCACUUAACCCUAAUUGCUCCUGUAAGUCGCUCUGGAUAAGAGCGUCUGCUAAAUGACAAAAAAAUUAAUAAAUAAAAUCCUUAAAUCCAUGAUGGGGAGUGGGCAAGUCCACACUUCGGUAGAAGGGUGUAGAAGUCAUGAUUUAGGCCAGAUUUAGUGUUUGUUGUGUCUUUGUGUGGUGCAGACCAGGCGUAUGUUGAUGGAGAGGAUGGGGAAGGAGAGUGUGGAGUUGGGGCAGGGCGAGGCCAGCAUCACAGGCCUGCAGGAGAACACACUGAUCCACAGCCUUUGUAACCUGCUGGAGAGGACCUGGGGCCACGGGCUGCAGCUCAAACAGGUUAGUAACAAACAAACACACACACACACACAUUCAUACAUACUGUACAUACACACACACACGCACACUGCUGUUUUCCCGUGGUUGAGUUAAUGACUGAGUGUUUGUACCGUCCAGGGAGGGUCGGCUCUGUGGUCCCACCUGCUCCACUGCCAGGCCAAUGAGGAGAAGAUGGAGCCACCAUCACCUGCCGAGUCUCCAGGUCAGAGCAGAUAAACUCAGCAAUAAAAGAAACGUCCCUUUUUCAGGACCCUGUCUUUCAAAGAUAAUUCGUAAAAAUCCAAAUAACUUCACAGAUCUUCAUUGUAAAGGGUUUAAACACUGUUUCCCAUGCUUGUUCAAUUAACCAUAAACAGUUAUUGAACAUGCACCUGUGGAACGGUCAUUAAGACACUAACAGCUUACAGACGGUAGGCAAUUCAGGUCACAGUUAUGAAAACUUAGGACACUAAAGAGGCCUUUCUACUGACAAAAAAAUAAAAAAAAUAAAGAUGCCCAGGGUCCCUGCUCAUCUGCGUGAACGUGCCUUAGGCAUGCUGCAAGGAGGCAUGAGGACUGCAGAUGUGGCCAGGGCAAUAAAUUGCAAUGUACGUACUGUGAGACGCCUAAGACAGCGCUACAGGGAGACAGGAUGGACAGCUGAUCGUCCUCGCAGUGGCAGACCACGUGUAACAACACCUGCACAGGAUCGGUACAUCCGAACAUCACACCUGCGGGACAGGUACCGGAUGGCAACAACAACUGCCCGAGUUACACCAGGAACGCACAAUCCCUCCAGUGCUCAGACUGUCUGCAAUAGGACUGAGUGCUUGUAGGCCUGUUUUAAGGCAGGUCCUCACCAGACAUCACCGGCAACAACGUCGCCUAUGGGCACAAACCCACCGUCGCUGGACCAGACAGGACUGGCAAAAAGUGCUCUUCACUGACGAGUCGCAGUUUUGUCUCACCAGGGGUGAUGGUCGGAUUUGCGUUUAUCGUUGAAGGAAUGAGCGUUACACCGAGGCCUAUACUCUGGAGCGGGAUUGAUUUGGAGGUGGAGGGUCCGUCAUGGUCUGGGGUGGUGUGUCACAUUAUCAUCGGACUGAGCUUGUUGUCAUUGCAGGCAAUCUCAACGCUGUGCGUUACAGGGAAGACAUCCUCCUCCCUCAUGUGGUACCCUUCCUGCAGGCUCAUCCUGAUAUGACCCUCCAGCAUGACAAUGCCACCAGCCAUACUGCUCGUUCUGUGCGUGAUUUCCUGCAAGACAGGAAUGUCAGUGUUCUGCCAUGGCCAGCGAAGAGCCCAGAUCUCAAUCCCAUUGAGCACGUCUGGGACCUGUUGGAUCGGAGGGUGAGGGCUAGGGCCAUUCCCCCCAGAAAUGUCUGGGAACUUGCAGGUGCCUUGGUGGAAGAGUGGGGUAACAUCUCACAGCAAAAACUGGCAAAUCUGGUGCAGUCCAUGAGGAGGAGAUGCACUGCAGUACUUAAUGCAGCUGGUGGCCACACCAGAUACUGACUGUUACUUUUGAUUUUGACCCCCCCUUUGUUCAGGGACACAUUCAAUUUCUGUUAGUCACAUGUCUGUGGAACUUGUUCAGUUUAUGUCUCAGUUGUUGAAUCUGAAUCUUCAUACAAAUAUUUACACAUGUUAAGUUUGCUGAAAAUACACGCAGUUGACAGUGAGAGGACGUUUCUUUUUUUGCUGAGUUUACAUACUAGCCUUGUCCCAGAUCUGUUUGUGCUGCCAAUGAUCAUUGGAAUUGAAUAUACAGCACAAACAGAUCUGGGACCAGGCUAGACACAUACUAGGAAUUUAGUACAGUAAUAUAUCUAUCUAAUCAUGCCACAAUCAUUCUAUGGUCUGGACUGCUAGCCAUUAACAAGAUAAUAGUUUGUCUGCUACGUGUACUCUGUCAAGUCUGAUCACAUCUGCCAAUCACUCUCUCUUCCUGGUUACAGUGUCCAAUGGGCUGGACAGCACGAGGCUAGAGGAGGGGCUUCCACCCCCGAAGGGCUCCUUUGUACAGGAUAUGAGGUAAUAAACCGCAACAUAACCCAACGGACAGUGCAACACAACCCAACACACUGCUAUCUUUGAAAACCAUUGAAUUUCUGAUAUUUUUUUUUAGGUUUGUCCAGACUAUGAGUGAGGGUCUCAGUGAGGUGGGUCGGGCGCGGGCCUGGAUCCAUCUUUCCCUGGAGAAGAAACUGCUCUCGCAACACCUCAAACUGCUGCUGGCCAACCAGAACCUACUCAGGUACACACAUAUCACAUAUACCCUCUUCACACUACUAACCACAAUCAUUCCUGUUCCUAAGAACUCUAAGUCUUCAUGCCACAAUGACUACCGCCCAGUAGCACUCACUUCUGUAUUCAUGAAGUGCUUUGAGAGGCUGGUUAUGGCACACAUUAACUCCACCAUCCCAGACACCCUAGACCCACUCCAAUUUGCAUACCACCCCAACAGAUCCAUAGAUGACGCAAUCUCAAUUGCUCUGCACACUGCCCUCACCCACCUAGAAUAGAGGAAUACCUAUGUGAGAAUGCUGUUCAUUGACUACAGCUCAGCGUUCAACACCAUUGUCCCCUUCAAUCUCGUCACCAAACGUAGGACUCCGGGUCUGAACACCUCCCUCUGCAACUGGAUCCUGGAUUUCCUGACGUGCCGACCCCAGGUGAUGAGGGUAGGCAACAUCACAUCCGCCACGCUGACCCUUAACACAGGGGUGUGUGCUUAGUCACCUCCUGUACUUCCUGUUCACCCACAACUGCGUGGCCACACACUCCAACACCAUCAUCAACUUCGCUGACGACACAACGGUGGUAGGCCUGAUCACCGCCGACGAUGAGUCAGCCUACAGGGAGGAGGUCAGUGACCUGGCAGUGUGGUGCCGGAGCAACAACCUCUCCCUCAACGUCAGCAAGACCAAGGAGCUGAUUGUGGACUGAAGGAAACAGUGGGGGUGAGCACACCCCCAUCUACAUCGACAGGGCGGCAGUGGAGCUUGUAGACAGCUUCAAGUUACUCUGUGUCCAAAUCACUAAAGACUUAAAAUGGUCCAAACACACACGCACAGUCGUGAAGAAGGUGCCCUCAGGAGGUUGAAAAGUUUGGCAUGGGCCCUCAAAUCCUGAAAAGGUUCUACAGCUAUACCAUUGAGAGCAUAUUGACUGGCUGCAUCACUGCUUGGUAUGGCAAUAGCACCACCCUCAAUCGCAUGGCGCUAUAGAGGUUUGUGCGGACAGCCCAGUACAUCACUGGGGCCGAGCUCCCUGCCAUCCAGGACCUCAAUAUAAGGCGGUGAAAAUCGUUAAAGACUCCAGCCACCCAAGCCAUAGACUAUUUUCUCUGCUACCGCACGGCAAAAGGUACCGGUGCACCAAGUCUGACACCAACAGGCUCUUGAACAGCUUCUAUCCCCAAGCAAUAAGACUGAUUAAAUAGCUACACAGACUAUCUGAGUUAACCUUGUAUCUUUAUUCACCUUUUAUUAAAAUUGUCUCUAUGUACACUCACAAGGCCCUACACACACUGUCACUCCAACACUCACUCCAUCAUUUUCUCACUCACACAUAAUAUGCACAUACAUUUAUACUGACUCUAUACACCCACUCACAUACAAGCUGCUGCUGCUCUGUUUAUCUUAUAUCCUGUUGCCAAGUCCCCUUAUCCCUAUACAUAUCUACCUCCAUCACUCAAAUAUGGUAUUGGAACUGAAUAUUUCCUGUAUAUAGUAUGCUUACUUACUUUAUUGUGUAUUUCUUACUCUUAUUUUUUGUGUGGUUUUUCUAGAGAUAAAUUGUUAUUUCAUUGUUGUCUUUUGAGUUUGCAAGAAAGGCAUUUCACUGUACUUGAAACUUGAGCUGAGCAGAGCCAAGCCAAGCUGUACUGUGCUGCACAUCCACGAUAGUUGCUAGGACCGUGCUGGAAAGGACAAUGUGAAAAUAAAAUAUUUGAGCCAGCACGGUUCGGGUUGGCACGAUGACGUGAAAAGGGUAAUGACAGAUAAAUGCUUCAUUUAUUUUCUCUGUGAGGUGUGUGUUAACUUUUCGGUCCCCUCCCUACAGGCAGCUGUACAAGCCCCAUGCGUUCCUCCUGUGUGAGGAGGAGAGGGAGCAGUUCCUGUUCCACCUGCUGUCCCUCAACACUGUGGACUACCUCUGCUUCACACGCACAUUCACCUCCAUCAGUAAGUCUGGCAGAUUCCACAGGGCUGUGUUCAUUUGGCACCAAAUGGAAGGAAACUGAUUGCAACUGGGACAGAGUACCUGGAAUUGUCCAAUGAGAAACGUUCAUUUUAGUUUUCUGCAACAACAAAAAAUGUCCCAGCUUCCAAGAUACUGAAACCAGAAACGUUCCUAGAACAUAUCGGGUGUGUUCUCAUUGGUUCCUUAUUCCUAUUUGGUUGUAUGAGAAGUGUUUUCCUAACGUUAUUGGAGUGUUUUUAGUUAUUAGAAUGAUAUUGCAGAAAUAUUAUCUUCACAUCAUAAGUCAACAUCUACCUGCAGUUCUGAAAAACGUUCUUAGACAGUUCCUGAAACGUUUUAAGAAGGAAUGUUUUUAGAACACUGGCAUCUUGGAUAGAGGAACGUUACCACUAACGUACUAGGGAUCCAAACAUUGUUAGCUGGUUUCAACUAGAUUCAGCCGCGGGCCAAUUUUUUUCUUGAGCGAAUGGUCGGGGGUCUGGAACAUAAUUACAAAUACAUUUGUAGACUGCAAGUUCACCGCAAGAAGCCCAAACGGACAUAAUGUUUCACUAAAACAUAAUCAUUUCAGACCUUGUUUACAUUUGUAUACGAUCAUGUGUCUCUAUUAUGCGUGAGAAUACUUGAACAGAUUUCUUAAAUCAAAAUCACUUGGAGCUGAUUUCCUGUUUUUUUUUUUUUUUUUACAGUCUUAUGUCCAACAAUGAUUGAAUAUUUUUUUUGCUCAAAACUUGGGGGGGGGGGGGGGCAAAUAAAACCGAGUUUGGGGAACCCUCAACUAGAGGUACCUGUAAGGCAAGGUCCGUAAACAUCUAACAUUCACUGAAAUGUGAAAUGUGUUCACUGCCUGUAAGUCGCUCUGGAUAAGAGCAUCUGCUAAAAAAAAAUAAUAAAAAAAAAUCUUUAUUUUAACAGGGAAAAAAAGACUGAGACCAGGAUCUCUUUUACGGCUGUGCCCUGUGUAAACAUGUUGACAUGUACAGUUUUAGACAUACAGACAAGAAAAUUUCAAACAUACAAAACAAAAACACAAUUCAACAGAAACAAUCACAGACAACAUCAUAUUGAUCCUCCAUAACAUUUUAAAAAUGGGCAAGGGACACCAGAGUGUCUAACUUAAGUUGGAUCUGCAGUUUGUUCCAUAAAUAAGGUGCAAAGGAACUGAAGGCAGUCCUACCCAACUCUGUGGAGACCACAGGAGUCUCUAAUGUAAUCCACAUCUGUGAUCUGGUUUUAAAAUUAGUAUAUCUAGUGGAAAUUAAUGAUGAUAUAUAUGGAGGUAGUUUUAAAAGAAGUGCUUUAUAAAUAAACAAGAGAGCAUGUUGCUCUCGCCUCACAGAUAGAGAGGCCCAACCCACAUGUUGAUAUAGGAAACAGUGAUGAGUUUUGUAACUAUCACCCGUGAUAAACCUGAGUGCACAAUGGUAAAUAGCAUCCAGUGGUUUUAAUGUGUUUGCCGAUGCAUGCAUAUAGAUAAUAUCACCAUAAUCUAAAACGGACAUAAAAGUAGCCUGCACAAUUUGUUUUCUAUUUACGGAGGACAGACAAGCCCUGUUUCUGUAAAGGAACCCUAUCUUGAAUUUGAGCUUUUUUCCCAAUUCAGUAACAUGUUUUUUAAAAGAAAGCCUAUCAUCUAACCAUACCCCUAAGUAUUUAUAUGCAGAGACCAGUUUGAUUUGGGUACCAUCCAAGCUAGUGAUUACAAAAGUGUUUCUAAUUGAGAGUUUAGACCUAGAAAAAAACAUGACAUUUGUUUUCUUAGAGUUUAAAACAAGUUUAAGCUGUAAAAGAGACCCCUGUAGUAUCCUAAAAUCAGACUCCAACUGCAUUAAAGCUUGGUCCGCUGUUGGAGCAAUAGAGUACAUCACAGUGUCAUCUGCAUACAGUGGGGGAAAAAAGUAUUUAGUCAGCCACCAAUUGUGCAAGUUCUCCCACUUAAAAAGAUGAGAGAGGCCUGUAAUUUUCAUCAUAGGUACACGUCAACUAUGAAAGACAAAAUGAGAAAAGAAAAUCCAGAAAAUCACAUUGUAGGAUUUUUAAUGAAUUUAUUUGCAAAUUAUGGUGGAAAAUAAGUAUUUGGUCAAUAACAAAAGUUUCUCAAUACUUUGUUAUAUACCCUUUGUUGGCAAUGACACAGGUCAAACGUUUUCUGUAAGUCUUCACAAGGUUUUCACAUGCCAUUAAUACAGAGGAGCCUCUUAAAGAAGAAGUUACAGGUCUGUGAGAGCCAGAAAUCUUGCUUGUUUUUAGGUGACCAAAUACUUAUUUUCCACCAUAAUUUGCAAAUAAAUUCAUUAAAAAUCCUACAAUGUGAUUUUCUGGAUUUUAUUUUCUCAAUUUGUCUGUCAUAGUUUACGUGGACCUAUGAUGAAAAUUACAGGCCUCUCUCAUCUUUUUAAGUGGGAGAACUUGCACAAUUGGUGGCUGACUAAAUAAUUUUUCCCCCACUGUAUAAAUGGAAUUUACAAUAUCUGACAUCAUCACCAAUGUUGUUUAUAUAAAGUGAGAACAAUAGUGGGCCAAUUAUUGAACCCUGAGGGACCCCUUUAAGUAACUGACCAAAAUGUAAAUGUUCUUGUGUCCCUUCAGGCAUUCCAUACCGUGUUGUCAUAACGCCCAUGAAGAAGCUGAGCAUCGCCAUGACAAUGUCCAACCCCUGGGUGUGUGUGUCUGGAGAGCUUGGUGACUCUGGGGUCAGGCAGAUCCCCAAGAACACACAGGAGAUCUUCUUCCAGGUGAGAGGCUCUGUUCCUCUAGGCUGGGUGGCGUGGAUGGAAGCUACUGCUUCGGGAAUUCUCCAUCAAACACACGUGCAAACGCGCACACAUAUACACACACCUACACGUACACACAUUCUCACAAAUCUCUCUCACACACACACACACACAGUUCUCACUCUGGUCUGUCUCUGUCUCUGUGUCAGUGUCAGAACCUGGGCAGGCUGAGCACCCUGCAGUUGGGGCAGGAGAACUCUGGCUUACUGGCUAAGUGUCUGGUGGACUGUGUGAUUGUGCACAACGAGAUCACUGGACACACCUACAGGUAACACACACAUACUGUAUGGACACUGUAUGGACACACUGUUUUGGCUGUGUGUCAAACCUGCAUUGAACUCCACACCUUUUUGACCAAGUUAUUUAGAAAAGUGUUGCUCUAAUUUCUGCACUCACCUAGGUCAUGUUCAUUAGGGCAUGCAACGGAAAACAUGUUUUAAACAUUCUGCAACAGGAAAGGAAAAUGAGUUCAGGUAGUCCCUCCAUUUUUGUUUGGUGCCCAAUGAAUUUGACUCUCCUUCAAAAUUCUGAAUUGCCCAGUCCCAAAUGACUUCUCACUUGCUCUAUUUCACAUCUAACCUCUGACCCCAUUAUCGCUCUACACCCCCGCUCUCCUCCCAGGUUCCCGUGUGGCCGCUGGCUGGGGAAGGGUGUGGGUGACGGCAGCCUGGAGAGGGUACUGAUUGGUCAGCUGGUGUCUCCCAGAGGAGAGGAGGAUUCUGGGAGGUGGACGGGGACACCCCCAGAGCAGGGCUCGCCCCCUCAGAGUGGACGCAUGGGGGGUCUGGGGUCACUGGGGCGCAGCAACAGUAACAACAGUAUGUAUGGGACACACACACACACACACAGAUACAUAGACAGACAGUUUGCAGCUGUAAUUGUAAAAAGGAAAGUCAAAAACAGAUAUUACACUUUUUUUAUAUGAACAGUCAACCAUCAUAUUUUAUCUUUCUAUUGUCAUGAGUAAAAUGCGCAAAAAAAAAAAAACAGUCACUCAUUGCUAUACCUUACUUUUAAUGCUCUCUUUUCUACGCUCCUUAUCGUCUUUCAUGCCAUUGUCCAUCUUCCCAUCUCUUCCUCCUCUCAAUCCCUCCAUCUCUUCUCCAUUAUCCUCUCGAUCUCUCUCUCCUCCAUUCAGGACUGUCUUCUGUCCAGGUGCAGGAGGAAAUGAGGGAGGCAGUAAACAACCUCGUCAAGCACUUCCACAAAGCAGAGCAGGAGGUAGGUGUGUGUGUGUGUGUGUGUGUGUGUGUGUGUGUGUGUGUGAAAGAUUCCAAAAACAGAAAAUAGAGAGAGCACAGCCGAGGGGUCUUAUCUCUGAUGAGAAGAGUAUGUGUGUGUGUGCUGGUCUGCGCAGGCCUGCUUGCGUCUGUGUGUGCGCUAGGCUUGGGGAAUUUAGAAGUACCUAUAGUAUGAUUUUCAAUACCGUACCCCCCCUCCAAAUAAACGGCUCUGGACCAGUCUGAACCCCCCUGGAUUAGUGGAGGCAGGUGGGAAGAGCUAUAGGAGGAUGGCCUCAUUGUAAUGGCAGGAAUGGAAUCAAUGGAAAGGAGUCAAACGUGGUUUCCAUAUGUUUUAUCUGUUUGAUACCGUUCCAUGUACAGUGGGGAGAACAAGUAUUUGAUACACUGCCGAUUUUGCAGGUUUUCCUACUUACAAAGCAUGUAGAGGUCUGUAAUUUUUAUCAUAGGUACACUUCAACUGUGAAAGACGGAAUCUAAAACAAAAAUCCAGAAAAUCACAUUGUAUGAUUUUUAAGUAAUUAAUUUGCAUUUUAUUGCAUGACAUAAGUAUUUGAUCACCUACCAACCAGUAAGAAUUCCGGCUCUCACAGACCUGUUAGUUUUUCUUUAAGAAGCACUCCUGUUCUCCACUCAUUACCUGUAUUAACUGCACCUGUUUGAACUUGUUACCUAUAUAAAUGACACCUGUCCACACACUCAAUCAAACAGACUCCAACCUCUCCACAAUAGCCAAGACCAGAGAGCUGUGUAAGGACAUCAGGGAUAGAAUUGUAGACCUGCACAAGGCUGGGAUGGGCUACAGGACAAUAGGCAAGCAGCUUGAUGAGAAGGCAACAACUGUUGGCGCAAUUAUUAGAAAAUGGAAGAAGUUCAAGAUGACGGUCAAUCACCCUCGGUCUGGGGCUCCAUGCAAGAUCUCACCUUGUGGGGCAUCAAUGAUCAUGAGGAAGGUGAGGGAUCAGCCCAGAACUACACGGCAGGACCUGGUCAAUGACCUGAAGAGAGCUGGGACCACAGUCUCAAAGAAAAGCAUUAGUAACACACUACGCCGUCAUGGAUUAAAAUCCUGCAGCGCACGCAAGGUCCCCCUGCUUAAGCCAGCGCAUGUCCAGGCCCGUCUGAAGUUUGCCAAUGACCAUAAGGAUGAUCCAGAGGAGGAAUGGGAGAAGGUCAUGUGGUCUGAUGAGACAAAAAUAUAGCUUUUUGGUCUAAACUCCACUCGCCGUGUUUGGAGGAAGAAGAAGGAUGAGUACAACCCCAAGAACACCAUCCCAACCGUGAAGCAUGGAGGUGGAAACAUCAUUCUUUGGGGAUGCUUUUCUGCAAAGGGGACAGGACGACUGCACCGUAUUGAGGGGAGGAUGGAUGGGGCCAUGUAUCACGAGAUCUUGGCCAACAACCUCCUUCCCUCAGUAAGAGCAUUGAAGAUGGGUCGUGGCUGGGUCUUCCAGCAUGACAACGACCCGAAACACACAGCCAGGGCAACUAAGGAGUGGCUCCGUAAGAAGCAUCUCAAGGUCCUGGAGUGGCCUAGCCAGUCUCCAGACCUGAACCCAAUAGAACAUCUUUGGAGGGAGCUGAAAGUCUGUAUUGCCCAGCGACAGCCCCGAAACCUGAAGGAUCUGGAGAAGGUCUGUAUGGAGGAGUGGGCCAAAAUCCCUGCUGCAGUGUGUGCAAACCUGGUCAAGACCUACAGGAAACGUAUGAUCUCUGUAAUUGCAAACAAAGGUUUCUGUACCAAAUAUUAAGUUCUGCUUUUCUGAUGUAUCAAAUACUUAUGUCAUGCAAUAAAAUGCAAAUUAAUUACUUAACAAUCAUACAAUGUGAUUUUCUGGAUUACAGACCUCUACAUGCUUUGUAAGUAGGAAAACCUGCAAAAUCGGCAGUGUAUCAAAUACUUGUUCUCCCCACUGUAUUAUAUUCCAGCCAUUACAAUGAGCUCGUCCACCUAUAGCUCCUCCCACCAGCCUCCACUGCCCAGGAGGUGACCCCCCCCCCCCCCCACUGCCCAGGAGGUGGCUAUAAUAUAACAAAUUUGCCGUUAGAAGUGUGUUGAUUGGCCGCUAGAAAUCUGUUAAACAUCCACUGAAGUAGCUAUCAAGUUUACUAUACUGAGCAAAAAUAUAAAUGCAACAUGCAACAAUUUCAACAAUUUUACUGUUACAGUUCAUAUAAGGAAAUCAGGCAAUUGAAAUACAUUCAUUAGGCCCUAAUCUUUGGAUUUCACCUGACUGGGCAGGGGCGCGUCCAUGGGUGGGCCUGGGAGGGCAUAGACCCACCCAGCCAAUCAGAUUGAGUUUUUCCCCACAAAAUAUAUUUAUUACAUACAGAAAUACUCCUCAACAGUAAUUAUCAUGCUGUUUAAUUAUCUUCUUGAUAUGCCACACCUGUCAGGUGGAUGGAUUAACUUGGCAAAGGAGAAAUGCUCUCCAAUAGGGAUGUAAACAAAUUUGUGUAAAACAUUUGAGAAGUACGCUUUUUGUGUAUAUGGGAUGAUAUAUUUUUCAGCUCAUGAAAUAUGGACAAACAUACAUGUUGAGUUUAGAUCCAGAGCAGGGCUCGCCCCCUCAGAGUGGACGCAUGGGGGUCUGGGGUCACUGGGGCGCAGCAACAGUAACAACAGUAUGUAUGGGACACACACACACACACACAGAUACAUAGACAGACAGUUUGCAGCUGUAAUUGUAAAAAGGAAAGUCAAAAACAGAUAUUACACUUUUUUUAUAUGAACAGUCAACCAUCAUAUUUUAUCUUUCUAUUGUCAUGAGUAAAAUGCGCAAAAAAAAAAAACAGUCACUCAUUGCUAUACCUUACUUUUAAUGCUCUCUUUUUCUACGCUCCUUAUCGUCUUUCAUGCCAUUGUCCAUCUUCCCAUCUCUUCCUCCUCUCAAUCCCUCCAUCUCUUCUCCAUUAUCCUCUCGAUCUCUCUCUCCUCCAUUCAGGACUGUCUUCUGUCCAGGUGCAGGAGGAAAUGAGGGAGGCAGUAAACAACCUCGUCAAGCACUUCCACAAAGCAGAGCAGGAGGUAGGUGUGUGUGAAAGAUUCCAAAAACAGAAAAUAGAGAGAGCACAGCCGAGAGGUCUUAUCUCUGAUGAGAAGAGUGUGUGUGUGUGUGUGUGCUGGUCUGCGCAGGCAUGCUUGCGUCUGUGUGUGCGCUAGGCUUGGGGAAUUUAGAAGUACCUAUAGUAUGAUUUUCCCCCUACCCCCCCUCCAAAUAAACGUCUCUGGACCAGUCUGAAACCCCCUGGAUUAGUGGAGGCAGGUGGGAAGAGCUAUAGGAGGAUGGUCUCAUUGUAAUGGCAGGAAUGGAAUCAAUGGAAAGGAGUCAAACGUGGUUCCCCCUUCCCCCUACGUGUUUUUUUUUUUCAGCUCAUGAAAUAUGGGACCAACACUUUACAUGUUGAGUUUAUAUUUUUGUUCAGUGUAUAUUAAAUCAGAAUAAACCAAUAAACUAUCAAAGCAUAUAUCCUGAAUAGUGGCACACUGAGUAUUGGCGCAUGAGAAAAAAUAAGUUACUAUUCGGCUUCAGCUAACCAUCCUAAAAUCUCAUUAGAAAUGAUGCUGUACUAUGCUAUUCGGUUCUGUUAUGUAAAAUGCAAAUAAUCAUUAUGUGAUCUUGCGAGACAUUGGUGCCAUGUUGGUGGUACCAGCUGUGGGGAGAGGAGCUGUCCUGUCAUCUGAGGGAACCGAGGUAGCUGCAGUAGUGCCGGGAUUGGUAGCUGAGGACUUGUUGAGAUAUGUAGCCGAGGUGGUGUAAUCAGGAGCUGUCAGUGUUGCAGAGAUCGGGUCUGGACCCGGGGACUGGGCGGGAGCCAUCAAGGUCAUGGUGGGGCUGCCAUGCUAGUAGCCAGGUCAGAUGAGGAAGGAACUGAAUCAGGAUCUUCAACUAUGUCGACUUGCUGGCUGUUGUUUGUGUUUGUGUCAGGCCUAUUGGUGGUGGUAGUUGUGCAGCUUUUGCAUUUAAAAAAAAGAAUGCGCCAAUGCUUGUUUGUGUUGUCGCCAUUAGCCAGCUAACCAGCUGUCAAAGAAAUUAGCCUCUGCUAAACGUGCAUGCUGCAAAGGGACGUUCUGAUUGGCCUCCACAUUGCACACACCUAGUCUACAGUUCUUCAUCAUUCUCGCCACCUCCAGAGAGAAGACUGGGAAGAAACCACCAUUUACCUACCUCUAGGCUGCUAUACAUAUUUAUUGGUUUUUCAUGGAAUUUUAAGGGUAAUUAAAUCAUUUAUUUUGAAUUUAUCAGAAUAGAUUUUCCAGAAAUAGUUUUACCAGCUCUGUGUAUUCUCAAAUUAAAAAUUUACAUUUACAUUAAAGUCUAUGGUAAGACCUGAAAAUGGUUGUCUAGCAAUGUCAAUUUGACCGAGCUUGAAGAAUUUUGAAAAGAAUAAUGGGCAAAUGUUGCACAAUCCAAGUGUGGAAAGCUCUUCGAGACUUACCCAGAAAGACUCACAGCUGUAAUCGCUGCCAAAGGUGCUUCUACAAAGUGUGGACUCAGGGGUUUGAAUACUUAUGUAAAAUUAUAAAUUAGAUAUUUCUGUUUCAAUUGAAUCCAUUUUGAAUUCAGGCUGUAACACAACAAAAUGUGGAAUAAGUCAAAGGGUAUGGAUACUUUCUGAAGGAACUGUAUCUGAGAUGUGCCAAAUUAAUUAUCUCCAGCUCAGGGGUCUCAUAACCGUUUCAUUUCACAUUUCAUAUCUGCGUGCGGCAUUUCUGAAAAGACUGUGUACGUCAAAAAAUAUUGAGAUUUAUAAACUUGGUGGACGUCACAUAUACGCAUGUUUCCAAGGUGUUCCUAAUGUUUGGUUUACUCUGUGUAUAUUGGAUUUAGCAAUGGAAUCAUAAGUCGUAUAAUUAUACACUGAGUAUACAAAAUAUUAUGGACACCUGCUCUUUCCAUGACAUAGACUGACCAGGUGAAUCCAGGUGAAAGCUAUGAUCCCUUAUUGAUGUCAGUUGUUAAAUCCACUUCAAUCAGUGCAGAUGAAGGGGAGGAGACAGGUUAAAGAAGGAUUUUUAAGCCUUGAGACAAUUGAGACAUGGAUUGUGUAUGUGUGGCCAUUCAGAGGGUAAAUGGGCAAGUCAAUAGAUUUAAGUGCCUUUGAACAGGGUAUGGUAGUAGGUGCCUGGCACACCGGUUUGUGUCAAGAACUGGAACGCUGCUGGGUUUUUCAUGCUCAACAGUUUCCAGUGUGUAUCAAGAAUGGUCCACCACCCAAAGGACAUCCAGCCAACUUGACACAACUGUGAGAAGCAUUGGAGUCAACAUGGGCCAGCAUCCCUGUGGAAUGCUUUCGACACCAUGUAGAGCCCAUUCCCCGACAAAUGAAGGCUGUUCUAAGGGCAAAAGGGGGGGGUGCAACUCAAUUAUAGGAAGGUGUUCCUAAUGUUUGGUAUACUCAGUGUAUGUGUGAUCUAUAUCACACACACUUCAUGACCAAAAGUAUGUGGACACCUGCUCGUCAAAAUCAUGGGCAUUAAUAUGGAGUUUGUCCUAUUUUUGCUGCCAUAACAGCCUCCAUUCUUCUGGGAAGGCUUUCCACUAGAUGUUGGAACAUUGCUGCGGGGACUUGUUUCUAUUCAGCCACAAGAGCAUUAGUGAGGUCGGACACUGAUGUUAGGCCUGGCUCGCAGUCGGCGUUCCAAUUCAUCCCAAAGGUAUUCGAUGGGGUUGAGGUAAGGGCUCUGUGCAGGCCAGUCAAGUUCUUCCGCAACGAUCUCGACAAACCAUUUCUGUAUGGACCUCGCUUUGUGCAUGGGGGCAUUGUCAUGCUGAAACAGGAAAGGGCCUUCACCAAACUGUUGCCACAAAGUUGGAAGCACAGAAUUGUCUAGAAUGUCAUUGUAUGCUGUAGUGUUAAGAUUUCCCCUCACUGGAACUAAGGGGCCUAGCCCGAACCAUUAUUCCUCCUCCACCAAACUUUACAGUUGGCACUAUGCAUUGGGGCAGGUAGCGUUCUCCUGGCAUCUGCAAACCCAGAUUUGUCCUUCGGACUGCCAGAUGGUGAAGCGUGAUUCAUCACUCCAGAGAACGUGUUUCCACUGCUCCAGAGUCCAAUGGCGGCGAGCUUUACACCACUCCAGCCGAUGCUUGGCAUUGCGCAUGGUGAUCUUAGGCUUGUGUGCGGCUGCUCAGCCAUGGGAACCCAUUUCAUGAAGAUCCCGAUGAACAGUUAUUGUGCUGACGUUCCUUCCAGAGGCAAUUUGGAACUCGGUAGUGAGUGUUGCAACCGAGGACAGACAAUUUUUACGGGCUACAAAAUUCUAUAUCAUAAACUACAGUUUAGGAACAAUGGGAAAGUUAUUCUGCUUUGAAAGUUGAUUAACUUGUAACCCAACUUUUUAGAAAAUGGCCCUUGAAUUUUGGUACACCUACUGAAGAGCUCUUCUUUUUCUACACCUAUUCAGCAUCGUUCACACCCUCUGAAGCCUUAGCCACACCCAUCUCUUUAAGGAUUCACAUGUGAGGCCAUGUGCUAAACAGAGUGAGUAAGGUAGUGUUGUAAACAACCAAAGAUUUCAAGACUGAAAGUGGUGAAAGUAGUAGCCUACAAUAUGGAAAAACUCCAGGUAAAAACAUACUAUCUAGUCCUUGGCCUAUAUCCUAAUCUGACUUUGACCAUUUGCAUAGUUGCAAUAUCAAAAAUAGAAUAAUUAUUAGAUUAUGCUUACCCAGACACACUUGUCUAAAUUGAUUGGUCAUGUGAAAGAAACGCUAUAACCACCCCCCAGCCACAUCUACCUAAGAAGAUGGGUCACUAUUGUCUAGACAUUUACACAUGUUCAUGAAAUACAAUAGAUGGACGUAAUCACCCCCAGACACACCUGGCGAACUUGAUGGGUCAUGUAAUCAUCUGGUGAAGUGGAGUCUUUUUGUUUAGACCUGUAGCUAGCUAGCUAAAUAAUGAACCAUAAUCCCAACCCAUACUACUAGCAAUACAAACGGAUUGUCAUAGCCAGCCACCAUGCAUGAAAUGCUGUAGUAUGAAUCUGCAAGUACCUAAAGCUAACCAACUACGUUCAAUGUUAGCUAGCUAGCUAACAUUAGGUUAUAACUAGCAAUGCAAAUGGUAUCUUACCCGUAUAUAUGGAUGAACACUUUACGGCAGACUGGAACCCCUUUAACUAAGUAAGACGUUCUGUGUCGUGUCCGUUUUGUUUGGCCCGCGUUGCGUCAAAUCACUCCGGUUCACACUGACCGUGUGCAGAAGAAGUCCAUCACAGCUUUUUCCCACUGAUCUUUGUCAAUAGUGCCUUCUAAAUUCAGGGCAGCAAUGUUGUUGAGAGUAGUAGCAACACUUUUGCAGUUCUCCAUGGCUAACGUUAGAUUUAUUUAAAAAGCCACGGUAGCAAGUAUCUACACAUACUGAGCAGCUCAUGUUAUAGAGAGAAGCAUUCUACAUGACAGACCAAUCCGAACUCAUCUCUCGGCAUGUCCAGCCUAUCCAUUAUCUCUGCCAAUCAUGGCUAGAGGGAAAGUUCCAGUCUUUUUCCAUGGCUAAACCAACUAGGCUCAUAAUUUAACAAUUGUAUUCGUAUUUACAGAUGGCAUACAAGUCUUAUUAAGGCACAUGAAAGUUCACAUGUUCCAGAAGGUAUUUCUGCCAAAAAAAAACGCAUUGAGUUCUAGUUCAAAUGCCUCUCCUGUGAAGUAGUGACGUGCGACAUACGCCUAGCUUCCUGAAACAGGUCACAUUUGUGGUUGAAUAGAGCGCAUUUAAGUCUGGCAAAGACUAUAUAUUUUUUUUCUUUGUAUUGCAUAGAUACAUAGCCAAUGACCAAUAAUCUGCAUUAAGGGGAAUGACCACUCCGGAGGCACCAAUAAGGUCGUACUCUCAACUGUGCAACAGUGUAAUGUAAAAUGUGUAAUGUAAAAUGUGUAGGACAGAUUCAUGCUGGAAGUAUCUAAGUGGAAAAGGAAGGGAUUUACAGUUAUUUUUUGAAUGUCUUGUUUAUUGUUUUGUGGGAGGGUUAUUGGAGGACAACUGGAGGUCUACUUAGAGUUAGUAUGGAUAAGUAUUUCAAAAUGGUGGUAAGGACAGUGAUAAGUAUCUCAAAAUGUAACCCAUGAUGAUGAUCAGUGAAUUAAGUAUAGCUAGCUAUAAUUCCAAUGGUUUGGCUGAUAAUAAGAAAGGAAGAGCAGUUUUUACAUGGCUAAAGGAUAAAGAUUACCAUAUUUAUUGUCUUCAGGAAACUCAUUUAAUAUCUUCUGAAGUGGCCUGGGAAAAAGAAUGGGAUGGUCAAAUGUAUUUCAGUCAUGGGUUAAGAAAUUCAAAAGGUGUUUUGAUCCUAUUCAAAAACUAUUUGGAUCUUGAGGUACAAUCCAUUACAAUAGAUCCUUGAGGAAGAUGGAUUGCCUUGAAUAUACUACUUGAUGAUAAACAGUUAUGGCUCAUAAAUCUAUAUGGACCGAAUAAGGACUAUCCAAACUUCUUUGAAAACAAUGAAUAACACCCAGUCGCAACUGAAUUGUGGUUGCAUUUGGCUGCUUGCUAGGAGAUUGGUAGUUGUCCUGAGGAUCAUCGGGUCUCAUGUCCUCUGGGAGGAUGGGAACCCAAUUGCGCACAGCCAUGUUGUGCAACACACAGCAAGCCAUUACAAUUAUGCACGCUUUCUCAGGCUUGUACAGGAGUCUCCCACCGCGUGUAUCAAAGCACAGCCAUCUCCCUUUUAUUGCACCUAUUGUACGCUCCACAAGGGAGCAGAUGCGACACUGGAGCUCAUUGAAGCGCCUCUCUUGUGCGUCCUGGGGGUUGGUGAGCAGCCAGGGUUUAAGGGGAUAUACCCUAUCAUCUGGGAGGAGGAGGAAAAAACAUUUACAUGAUGCAGGGGAAAUAAUUGUGACUAUUUCAUAAUUAGGCCUGCUAACUAUAUAGCUUAUAUAUAGUCUGUUGCUCACACUGCUGUUCAUCCGGAUGAACGAGUCGUGACUUGAACCGGGCCAAAGGUCAACAACAUUGGUGAGUGCCAUUUGUAGAUCACAAAUCACUUGCACAUUGAUGGAGUGGAAGUUUCCAGUUCACGUACACAAACUCGUUCUCACUGUUGCCCUUAUUGCAACACGAGUGCAGUCGAUCGCCCCGAUUACAAUUUGGAAAACCGGCCAUCGCUGCAAAUUGCAGUUUGUUUGCCUGUUCACCGGCUGUGUAGGGGAACCGUAUGUACCUCGGACACAGACGGAUGAUGCCAGGGGAGGGCUGUGAUAUUCCCGAUCUGCCAAACAGUUCCCUCUGAAAGGUCCCUGUGGCUAGGAACCCAACAGUGGUCAAAACCUGUACAUGGACAGGUAUUGCCUGAUUGCGGCGUGUAGGCCGUGCAAGCAUUUACCCCAGUUCAGCACAUAGGUCCAACAAAAUGGCUCUGGGGAACCUGUAUUGGCUCAUAAGCCAGUCAUCAUCAUGGGCAAAUAAAUCUGCUAGUCUCAAAAGAUGCUCGCGGAGAAAAACCAUGCCAACGCAGCCAUGGUCUUUGGAUGCAACUAGUCUAGAACACACAUGGGUCUAUUUAUAUAUACAUAGACAAUUUGGAGUAAUUGCUUGCAUCAGUGCUGUGAAAUGCAUCAAUGUUAAAUGCUAAUGAGUAAUAAUUGAUUAGCCUAUAAGGAGUAGCCAUAGGCCAAAGUGACAAAUUAUAUCUAACCUAGAAUGUAAAAAAUUUGCUAAAAUAAUAAGUGACAAUAAUAAGAAUAAUACAAAUAAUUCUGCAUUUUAUUUGUAUAGCACUAUUUUAACAACAAUGUGCAGGCUAUAUAUAGGCUUAAGCCGAACAGGCUACUGUGUAGUGUAUAUUUUUAGCCUCUAGGAUGUGUGUACGCAUGGUCUAAAGUUUGCGGCGAGGAAAGCACAUUCUCACAUUUCAGUUCUUAUAAAUUCAAACUUCUGCGUGAAAACUGCUGCACAUGUUUUGGGGUAUAAUUUGUACGUACGCAACGUUUUGUAAAUGAGGCCCCAGGGCUCCAGCUAUGAAUUUGGUUUGCUAACUUGCUAGAUAAGUGGCUAGUUUGCAAGAUCAAGCUUCUUGGUUACAGCAGAGACAAUCCAUCCCCUCCUGGAUCAUUAUCCCUGCUGCCUAAAUUGUUCUGUGGGUUUUUUACGUUUGGAAAGAAAUAGCGUCCCUUGUGUCCACUGCCGGUAAUACCGUAUACCCCGGUAUGGUACAGGAACUGUAUGAAAAUCUGGAUACCGCCCAACCCUAGUGUGUUCGUGUUUCUUGUGCACGAUUCAUGACCUUCACUCUGCAAGGCAGAAUCUCUCACAGUUAAAAGGCAGACUGGCUUUUUUCUCUCUAGUCUAUGGCCUGCUCUGACCUCCCCUUUAAAAGCCUGCACUGGGGCCGUAUCCACAGUGUCUCAGAGUAGAAAAUUGGUCAUAAGUCUAAGAAUAGACAUUUUACUCCUACUCUUAUGGCAAAAAAUAAAAGCUAUUCAUGAAGCCUCUUUAGUCAUAAGAGUCCUACCUAGUCGACAGAUUUUUAGGAGAGCUCGAGCUGUCCUAACCAGUUAAGUUGCCAGCAGGUGUCUUGAUGAAAGGCAGCGAGUCAGUGGUUCCCAUGCCAUAGACAGGCAUUUGCUUUUAAGAUACUGUAUGAUUCAGUGCAAUAGGCCUAUCACAGUAUUUAAAAAAAAAUGUAUGCAUGCCAACAUCUUAGGCAAGAAUAAAGAGUAGGCAAAGUGAUCGUGUCAGGUUAAAAUGAUAGGCUAUCAAAUGUUUUACCAUUGCAACAUUUGGUUCACCUUGGUUUUGUGUAGCGUGCUAUAGAGUUCACAGCUGGCGAUGCCUCAUUGCGAUUGGUUAUUCCCCAUGAUUUGCAACAAUGUCAAUGAGCGUCACCACAAUCUUUCCUUUGCGGUACCUUAAACUGUCGUGAUUACGAGCUGAGUUAAACUUUUAUGAGUUGAUUUUACUCCUGGAUCAGAGUUUCUCUGAGCAGUGUUUUAACAUCAUCCUAAAACCUACUCUGAGCUAGGAGUUUUUUUGUUUGUCCUAAAACUUUUUUUUUUUUUUACAGGAUUCCUAGGACCUUUUCUGAAUGCUUAGUGGAUACGGGCCCUGACCUCCCCUUUAAACACCCAGCCCUGUAGAGACUGUUGGUGAAUCACGGCAGUAUUUACAUUUUAGUCAUUUAGCAGACGCUCUUAUCCAGAGCGACUUACAGUUAGUGAAUGCAUACAUGUUUGUUUUUUUCAUACUGGCCCCCCGUGGGAAACGAACCCACAUCCCUACCGGCCAAACCCUCCCCUACCUUGGACGACGCUGGAACAAUUGUGCGCCGCCCAUGGGUCUCCCGGUCACAGCCAGCUGCGACAGAGCCUGGACUCGAACCAGGAUCUCUAGCGGCACAGCUAGCACUGCGAUGCAGUGCCUUAGACCACUGUGCCACUCAGUAUUGCUACCAUGGGGCCUGUAGCUCACCGUAAUUACAUUUUAAAUGGAUGCCACUUAACCCCUACCACCAGGACAAUGCAUCUACCAAUCAGCUUAAAUAAAUUGCCCUUUCCUUGGCACAGCAGAGGCUGAGGAGCCUUGCAGAUUUACACCGGCCCUCAGUGAAUUGUAAAUGAAAGAAAAUUGAAAAGAAAGUGCCUUAAAAUCCAUUAAAUUAUAAUGUAUAAAAACACACUGCUUUGGGUGAUUGUGUCACAGCAAGUGCUUUGGAUUUGGUUGUUUUAAUUCUUAAUAUGCUGUUGGAACCUGGAGGAAAAGCUGAAGAGUGGUACUUUGAAAGCCCUCUGGAAAUGAAGUGUACUAAAUAAUAUCGCCCUCGGUUGGGGUUUGUCACCUUGGCAACCAUAAUUAAACUCCUCCACACUCCAGCCCGACAAUUGUACGAUACCAUAGGCAAGACAAUAGUGCCUCAUUUGUAAGGACACUUUAUGGGACCUGUGAAAAUUGGCUACUCUCAUACCAUUGAACACAUAUGCCAAAUUUCAUCAUUGGGGUGGACUCCUGGCUUACUAAACGUGCUUUCCAAUUUCUGUGAUAAUAUGCCCAAACAUUUCUGAAUGUAAGACCUCUCCUCUCCUCAGAGGGGGAACCUGACUGCUCUGCUGUGUGGAGAGGGGGGGCUGGUGCGCUCCCUGGAACAGUUCCUCCUACACGGCUUCAAGUCCUCGCGCCUAUUCCAGAGGAGUGUGUUCAUAUGGGACUUUGUGGGUAAGUGGGUGUGUGUGUGUGCACGUGGACAGAAAUUGUGGAGUGUAGUAAUGUAAUUCCAUAUAAUUUGUCUCAAUCUUGUGGCUGAUAAGUUAACUUUUACAUUAUUCAUUGUUAGUGCAGCACAGCAUGAUUCAUCUAGAACACUCAGUAAACAGCCUCAUCUUUGCCUUCAAACAGUUAUUACGACAUCCUAAAAAAUAUAUUUCUAGAACAGUACUUACACUUACUGAAAUCAUAUAACAACUUCUCAAUUUGGCUGACUCCUUAGCUCAGAUCCUUAUUCCAUAGUUAUCCAGAGGUCAUCCCUGUCAUAGAAAUAAAAUUACUAGAAUUCUAGUGUAGGAUUAGUCAUUCUAUUUCUAUGAACCCUGUCCUUCUAAUGUGAUACCUGCUCCCCACCUCACCCCCACAGAGAAGGUGGUGGUUUCCAUGGAGACGGCGGAUCAGAUGGGUGACUUGCGGGGGUCAACGGAACUGUGUGACUCUCUGUGUCACUAUGCCAACGCCAUCAAUGCCUCGCCGCGGAACAUCGGCAAGGAGGGCAAGUUCCAGCUGCUGAUCUGCCUGGGAGUCAGGUGAGAGGUCAUAGUUGAAAGUUCAAACGGCAAUGGAGAGGGAGAUGGUAGGGGCCAGGAGGAUGUAACGUCACAUCACAAAACAUUCAGAUAUACUGUAAAUAUAUUUAGUAGAACAGAUAUGACUGUCAUGCAAAAUAGGGAAUAAUUUCAGCUCUGAUCAUCCUAUUUCUAUCUGCGUGUUCAGAACCCUGCAUCCUUCUGAAUAGACCCCAGUUGUGCAGGUGUGACUUGAUAGAUGCAUUCGAACAGGGCCUUCUAAUGAAAAUCUGAACGUCACCACUGCCCUCUGGUGGUUGUGUUAAUUGUGUCAGUCAGAGUUACACAAUUUCCCUCCCCCGGAAGCCCCUGAGCGCUUCUCAGACAGUAGCUUGCAGCAGGACUAGGCCUGUAUCCACAAAGCAUCUCAGAGUAGAUAAUUGGUCGCGUGAGAAUGCUGAGAAUAUACAUUUUACUCUUAUGAGUAAACAUAAAAGCUAUGCAUAAAGCCUCUUUAAUUAUGAGUCAUACCUAGUCAACAGAUAUUUAGGACACCUCAUGAGCUGUCCUAACCAGUUAAGAGUUACCAGCAGGUGUCUUGAUAAUAGAAAAAUGCAGCGAGUCAGUGGUUCCUGCGCCACAUGCAAUUGCUUUGGAGUUGUUCAAAUGUUUUGAUAAUUCUAUAUGAUCAACCCAUAAAUAACCUAGAUCUGCAUACAACAGCAUCUCUUGUCUUUGACAAUGAUUUCACAAGGCCUAUUUCACAUCAUAUGCCUAAAAACGUAUAACAAAUAGGCUAAUAAAUGUUUUUCUUUUGAUUAUUUAAUUACCUACAUUGUUAUUUCAAAUUAUCCCUUUGGAGCGCAAUAUCAUGUUGUAUGAGUUGGCUCAGAGUUUGUCUGGGCAGUGUGUUAACAUCAUCCUAAAACCUACUCUGAGCUGGGAGUUUUUUUUUGUCUUAAAAUAGGUUUUAUCAGGAUUCCUAUGACCUUUUCUGAGCGGCUUUGUGGAUACGAGCCCUGGUCUCCAAGGCCCAGGGGCGGCACUAUACAUUUUUCACUGGGGUAGGGAAGGGGUAGCUUGGUCCAUGCAUACGAGUGUUUGUAAUAUAUGGUACAUGCGUGUAUGUGCAAGGCCUAUUCUAGAGGGGGCCUCAGUCACAGACCUGACCCAUUUACAUCACACACUGUUAUUUCAGCGAGGAAUUUUGGCUGUAAGUGGUCUGAAGGGCUUUGGUAGGCCUUGGAGCUUGCUUUUGAAAAAGGGGUGCUUUGUUUUGACAUAGUACUCUUCUUUAUAUUGUAUCUACAUUUUCCUCCGACGGACUACCUAGGUAGUAACUGACCACUACUGCAAGAGGCAUCAAAUAAAACCUAUAUCGAAUGAGCUCACUUAAUUGAUUUUGUUGAAUUUUAAAUAAAAUGCCUAACUUGAAUCUGAGGACCUAGUCAACAGCUCCAGGUACAAGUUGCCCCUAUAGGCACAGAUUUAGGAUCAGCUUCCUCUCGCCAAUUCCAAUCCUUAACCAUUAUUGCGUAAAUGCAGAACUUUGCUUAGAUCAGUUGGCCUUAGGGCAACUUCGUCCUAAUCAGAGGAAUCAUGGGAUGGAUAUAGAGAGGUGAAACAUUCAGAACAUUGCAGAUAGAAAUGUAAUGAAUAGAGCGGACAUGAUCCCUCUAUUCUACAUGUUAGGCAAUCAGAUUUGUUCUACACAAUGCAUUUAUGUCUGAACGUUAUGUAGCAUUGCGCCCUCCUGAACAGACCUGUGGAGAAAGUUAUGAUUUGACCUUUGACUCUCUGUGUUGGCAGGGACCAGCUGCUGCCCCAGUGGCUCCCUCUGUUGGCCGGAUGCCACCUGUCGGCUCGUCUCUAUGAGGAGUCGGCUUUGGUCCGGGACUGCGCCGCCGUCAACUCCCUCUACCGCAUCCUCCACACCCUCCACGAGUUCCCCAUUACCCUGGAGACGGCCCUCAUUAAGGGGGUUGACCUCUAA